AUGUCGGAAAAAAGUCGGACAAAGUCUCGCCUAAAAAUUCUACCAUCCUGGCGAAGAAAUUCAUCAGAUCCACCCACUGAAGAGAGCAGCGAAGGGGAUGAAUCUGCUGGCUUCGAUUUACUCAAGGUUCCAAAGGUUAGUUGGCGGACGAGACCGGCAGUUUUAAAAAAUUGUCACUACAUCUGGGUUUUAAGAUGACUUAUUAAUCAGUCAACUUGUGCUGCUGUUGGAUACGUUCUACAAUAGAACUACCAUCAAUGUCUUUGAAAUGACGGAGUUACAGAGCCGCAUUUAAAACAGUGCAGCAGUGACUUAGUUAGAAUUAAGAUUUAUUAAUUAGCAUAACAAGCUAACUUCAUACACAUAUGAGUGGGUAAGCCAAUAUUUAUUAGUAAUGUGUCUUUUCACUCACGGGAAAUGUCUUUCCAUAAACCCCCUUUCGCCGAAACGAAGAAAUGGUUAACGGAAGUUUUUGAACUUUCCAGUACAGCCCUUUUCUGUGCGGAAAAGAGCUCUUUCUGAAACUCAGUGUAACUUUAGACAGUUGGUUCGAUUUUAAUUAAUUGGUCGAUUAACAUUGAGUCAAUCGCUUGAAUGUUUAACCCCGCGCUACGAUCAAAUGACAACCUCAGUCGACAUUUACGAUACAGACUAUAAAUACCUUACCACAAGACUGACGAAGGAUUCUUGACUGAACGCUUAUCAAUACUUCCAGGUAGCUUAGCGAAGAUAAUAAGUUCCUGUGUUUUGUAACUGUCAGGGCUAAGGCCACUCACUAAAUGUACACCAUAACUACUUAAUGCAAAUCUGAACUUUAAAUUUUAAACAUUCGUCUAUGAGUACAAAACUGAAUCUGUCAUUUCUUCGUGGUACUCUAGAAAGCAAACCUUUAAAAUCGACGAGGUAAUUCGUCCCAGCUUCCUCGUUUUCGUGACUCGCAAGGACUAGAAAAUUAACACGGUCAUUUUAGUUCAAUCAAAUACACACUACGGCGCCUUGGUGUAAAAGCAAAUAAACGAAUGUAUUUAUCCAUGCGUGUAAAUGAUAUAUUAUUUAAAAGGCUCAUUGCUACUGAGCAAACAAGGAGCUGGUUAUAUGUAAUGUGUAAGAAGUUUCAGACAAACCUGAUAUUUCGUCGCUAAUCCUUCGUAAAAUCAACAAUUCCCAUUUAGACAUUUUAACUUCUGUCAUGAGCUUGAGUGACCGUCUCUGCCCCCCGUAGGGUACGUCAUAAUUCUUUCCGAUUUUUAUUUCGUACGACCUGGUUUUAAUGACGAAGCAGAGACACUUGGGAAGUUGGGGAACAUAAAACCGGUCUCCAGAGAACGAAAUUUAACUAACCUCCAUCCACAAUACCUGAAAGUACAUAGGUCUGGUGAAGGGCCAUUGAAUUGCCCAUGAGAGCAAAAAACAUAUCAACCGCGGAGCCUGGACUCUGAUCGUAAGACUUGGCACCGAUAUUCACUGGCUUGUUCAAAGGGAAAUGAAAUGGCUUCCUCAGGAAUCUUACUCAGGGCCGAUUGCGUCCAGACACGGCCUAGUUGAUUGUAGUAAGUGUUCUUUAACUACACUAAAAAAACAAAUUUUCAAAAGGACCAACCGAGUUGCGACGCUUUGCUAUUAAGUUAUUAGUGUUGUAAUCAUAUAUAGAGUUGGUGGUUUUGUCAUGCAGUUUGGCUGGGUUAACAGGAUUUUUAAGUAUGCUUUAUGUUAACACUUUCCUCUAAAUAGUUGAUAAUGCGCUUUCUCUAAGAUAUCGGUUAACGCGUAGUUCUACAUUGAACUACAGUCAUUUCAAUUUUAUUGCAUAAAGGUGUUCCGAGAAUUCGUACCUACGUGCUUCCAAAAAUAUGGUAACAAAAUACGGGUUAAGAUUUUUUACAUGUGUGUUUUACAUCUGAGCUUGCCAAGAACGUGUUUUCUUUGUGUUAUGUUUCAUAUGAAAGGCCAUUUGUAAUCGCUUGUCUGUGCAUGCUUCUGCAGUAUUCGGUGAAAUUAUCAUUCUAUUGCGAUAACAGGGAAUUUAUAGUAUCAAUAUUGUAGUUUUAAGUUCAAUUAGGUAUAAACUAUCACCGAUAACACAGUAGGUUUUUGCAAAAGCAAAUCGGACAGUCUACCAAAUGACCAGGAGUUUACACACGAUUGUGUCACUUCGAUGCAAGUAUUUUUAGUUGUAAAAGUCUAUCCAGCUCUUGGUGAUUUCGCCCAUUUUGAUAACCCAUCAUUUUUUAUUAAUUAGCAUAAUCAUGUCUUUUAAUAAAAGUGGAAAAUCCCUUUGUUUUUAUUUGAAAGCGGGAUAACUGACUAGGACAAUAGAGUCACUUAAGCAGAAAUAGCCGGGGUGUUUGGAGGUCGACGGGCAGUUAUUGCUUUACCAAAAACAGUCAUUACUUCUACCAAAAGCUAUAACUGUCUUUUGUUUGUCUCCUUUAAUACUCCUGGGGUUAAUUGACUGGUAUGUAGAAGGCCUUUAUGUUUAGCGCCCUCUUAGGCCCGGUUCAGACGCCGAACUUUUCAUGAGCCGAACCUAAUUCGAAUUAAGGCCGACCCAAAUUAUUUAGACCGGCUAAAGUGAUUCAGACGCCGAUCUUAAUUCCAGCCGAACUAAAUUCAGAAGGCGAAAAAUGCGCAUUUCGGUCAAACUGCUUACAAAAUACGUUGUAAGAAUUUCUGCAUUUGGUUCGGUACUGAAUCAAAGGCGUUCCAAAGUCGAUCCGAAGGCGAAAUUCCCGGCCGGGCUAGGCGAAAAGAACGGCUGAGCCGUUGCAAAUUGAAACAGGCGUUCCUAAUUGAUUCAGACGCCGAACUUUUCAUGCACUUAAUUCAAUGUAUUAGGUUCGGCUCAUGAAAAGUACGGCGUCUGAACCGGGCCUUAAUCUGCCUAAGAGUUCUUAAAAUGCAUAGGAGGCGAUUGCAAAGGGUUUUACAUACAAGCGAAGGUGAAAUCAGGGGCACCAAACGGCUGUUUUCUGUAAAACAUCUGUUCGGAGAAGCAAAAAUUGCCUGGAAUUUUCUAUCCUUGAAGGAAGGCUAAGAAUUUCUAGAUGACUGUUCCAUUCAUUCAUUCAUUCAUUCAUUCAUUCAUCCAUCAUUCAUUCCCUACGAUGUUUUUCUGAAGUUUAAGUUUUUGUAUUCCACUCCCCGGAUUGAGCUAUUUUUCACAGAAAAAGGAAACCUAAAAUUUUCGGAUUCGAAAAUGCGAUGGAAAGAGGAAUCCGAAAAAUUCUCACUUUCGUAAAACUUUAAACUGCAUCUAAAAUUUUCGGGAAAAUAAUACUGAAGCCCUGGUAAUUUCGAAAAAGACUCAAGUUGCCCUAGGAUGACCGAACAGAUGUAAAUUUUAUAGCCCGAUAAGAAUGUAUUUCUAAAAACCUAAAAGUACUUUGGAUAGCCUAGAGAGUGUUUUCAAUGCAUUUAGGAGGAAACCGUCGUUGGGCUCUGUGAAACAUGCGGCUUUCAUGACCUUCGGUUUCACUUCAUAGCGCCAGUAGAGUGCCGCGGCUCCGCGAAGUCGCAUCUCUUUGUGCCGUCCUAGCAAUCUGAACGCCAGGAACAGCCUGUCUACAUAGCGCUCAAAGACAACUUUCAUGAGAAAAAUCCCAAAUUUCACUUUGUAGAAUUACUGAGAAAUGAAACUUCCGAUUCAAAGAAUUACUACCAUUGGAGUUUUAUAAGAAUGUUGAGCUUCACAUCAUAAUUUAAAUUUCAUGCUCUUAGAUAGCAUUGCACAUCCUAAAAAAAUAAUAAGGCUUUUACUUUAUAAUUUAACUCUGGCAUCAUGAGUGCUGAAAGGGUUUGAACUUGAUUUGUAUUCAGUGGGCUUUAUGCUCCUACGGUCUAGGUCAGGCAUCAAUGAGCGAUGGCUCUCCCGUAAUUGCGGUUCAUUGUCUCGAUUUGGAAGUUCUAGAACCGAUUCUAGAUAUGAAAGCAUUGGUGAUCCUAUGAAAGUCGAUCAGGAUUUUGUCAAGACUUUACAGACUGAAAAUGAAAUAAUGUUUAAAGUACAUUAUAGAAACACUGAUCUACAAAAUCUUAAAGUGAAAGCUGGUAAUAUCUUAUUUCGCGAUCCUUGCGAUCGGAUGAAAAUUCAGCAAAGCGUUCGCGCGCAUCAACGACGACGAUAAAUAGUUUGAGCAGAACGAAAACAUGUUACAACGGGGCUGAUCGGAACAAAUCGAGUACCUGCCAUUGGGGGAACCUGCUACGGGGAUUGAUAGAGCCGAUUUCCUUGCACCUGCAUGCUGUAUCCCAGUCACACUGUGUGUUGUUUAUCAGUAAGAAUCGACAGGGUUAUAUGCUUCUGGAAUCGAUUAAUAUAUUAUUUUCGUCUUCCAAAUUGUCGCCAACUUUUUCCAGUUUUGUCUUGUUUUUACUCUUGUGGUUAUGCCACUCACAGCACAGUUGUGUUUCGUGAAAUAUAGCCGGCACCCCUGCACGAAUUCAACUUUCGUUUUCAUUUAAUGAUCGGUUAUUUAAAACUGUUGAUGCAAGGCCCUGCAAAUCUUUGCCUCAAUUCAAAGAGAUGCUGAGGACUGUUAUUUUGUAAAUUUAUUACGUAGUUCAUUUUUAAGUAUCUGCCUUUUCAUAUUUGGUUAUAUCAUCAUAUUUAAUUUUAGUUUAUCAAGACCCCAGUCAGUUGUAAUUGAUAUCAACCCUGCUGAAAGGGCAAAUCCUGUAUAAGUAUAGGUAAUAAAAAACCAUAAAGCUGUUUACACUGGCAGUACCUUUUCUUGAGUUUCUGGUUGUAUAGCAAUGAAAGAUUCAGUUAAAAGCGAUUUUGUUUUCCAUCGACUAGGAGGACGUCAUUAUGGAACGGAGUGAGGUACCGGAGGUGUCCCCAAGCCCUAAAGUCGGCAAGAAAAAUCAUAAACACAAGGUAUUCAUUUAAAUAACAAAUACAUUAAAGUGUUGACAAGAUAAACGCAACUUUGUCCGUUGUACAACUUCCGGCUUGAUCCAUCGCCCGCAGUUUUUCUAGCGGACAAUGAUACAGACAUUAUACUGAAACAAACCAGGUUCACUGAAUAAGCGGUUUUAUUGAGAAGAAAUGGUUCAUUGGACACACAGUCUUCCUUGAAAGCCAAUGUGGAGUCACGUUUUCCGUAUCAUUAAUGGCGCUUAAAUGUUUGACGAAUAUUUAGACGAAGGAUAUCGUUCGUUCUGUUCUAAUGAUUAAAUUUGACUGUUUGACGCGUUUAAAAGCCACUCUAGGUAAUGGUUAAUCAUACGAGUGAUUAACAAAAUCGGACGACCGCGUUAAAUCAAAAGUAUGAUUAAAAUAGAAAUAGACUCAAAAUUAGGUUUGAUUUGUUUGAGUCUUGCGGUGAAAUGUUUGAAAAAAGAUCACUCAACACCAUUCUCUAACAGUAUUAUGAAGACAUAGGAUAUACGCUGAUAUCGUAUUUGAGUAGCUUUCACAACAACUCUUGUAAAACCUCUAAAACAUGGGUGUUAACCCGGCCGUCCAUGUAUGCGAAUCAGUACCUUGCAAAACAGUCGCUUGAAGCGCUGGUGUGAGAUUUCACGUCAAAAAAAUGUGGGUUGCUUUACACUCUGGCGAAUCAGCAACAGGAAGUGAAAAAUACUUAUCUGGCAAAGUUAAAAACCUCGCGAAGAUUCAAGUUUAACCUCCAAAUUAUACACCUCGCAUAGGCAAAGGACCUUUGGCCCUCGCUCCGCGAGGAAUUAUUUGCUAUUGAUUUAGUUUCAUUUAACUUUUAAGCGCGUUAGUUGUAAAUUAAAAAUGGGGUCGUCCAUAUGAGGCGUUUAUUUGCAUAGUUUAAGUUUAAGUUUAAUAAUGCUUUAUCAUCGAUACAAUAAAAAAAUAAAAAGGUGCAGGAAAAGAUAUCGAAAUAGCGGCAGGGGAAACUGAAUUCCCAUUCUAGGGCUACUCCUCAUUCAUAAACAUGAACUCAUUUAAAAAAUCUUUGGGGUAAUAUAAUACAAAGAUAAUGGGAGAAAUCUCUUUACAAAAUAACAUAAGAACUAAAAUGAUAAUGAUAAUACUAUUAACAUAAAACAGAAUUGAUAAAAAUGUAAUAAGUAGAGGGUAUGACUAUGAUUAAUACAACUUGGAUCGCAAAUAUCUCAAAAGAGAGACUUUGAAAUUUUUAAGGCUGGAUUCACAGAUAACAUUAGACGGGAGAGAAUUCCGAUCACUGACGUAACGAUUAAAAAAAUAUAUACUUAAAAUAAUUAGUACGAAAGUAGCUUAAAAUGAUGUUUCUUAUCUCAAUUUUCAUGCACCAGGAAUCUGUCCACCAUAAAGAUUUAGACCUCAGUCCAAGACUGGAAAAGAAGAUCCUGAUUGGAAGGCAAAAGAGCAAGGUACAGUCAAGUGUAAUACUGUGAUGUUCUACGAAAGCUCUUAUUGUGCAAUAUUAUGACAUGUACGCCUGAUACAAAAUGCCGAAAGAAUAGGCCUUUUUAUAUUUACAAUACCCGCCAUCUUUGAACGCGCUUAAGGCCUGAUGGGAUAAAAAAAACAAUGUCACGUGGUUUCUCAGGGGGCAAAUAAGUGGUAAAAUUUGCCAAUGCAAGAAAUUGCGAUCUAGUUUGCUUAUUCUAGACAACAGAAAAUGAAGAAUAUUUUAUCUUAAAGACGAUAAUGUCAAACCGUGGGUGGAAGUGAUCAUUGUUACUUUACUAGAUGUCAGUAGUAGUGACCGUGAAUGUCCUGACACAGCAGAUAAUAGGGCCAUUUAUACGAGGAAAAAUAAGACGCGUCUUACAUAAGACAGGUCCUAAAUAAGACGCGAACUUUCCGCCAAAACGGCACAUUUCGUCUAAAUAAGACGCGGCUUAGCUAAGACGCGUCUUAUUUUAGAACAGCCCUUAACACCUGUUCUUAGAUAAGACGCGUCUUAGCUAAGACGAGAAAAACUUCGUAUAAAUGACCUUCGCGUCUUACAUAAGACGCGAACGCAUAGUACGCAUGCGUUAAUUUUUUCACGUUGGAUUGCCGUUGCUAAGGGCAACAUUCACAUGAAAACGAGUCAAGAACAGAAAUAAGACGCGAACCAUUUAUACGAGCUGUUCUCGUCUCAGAUAAGACAUGCUCGUAUAAAUGGUACAGUUCGCGUCUUAUUUAAGACGCGUCUUAUUUUUCCUCGUAUAAAUGGCCCUAAUGAUCACGUAAAACUUUUCGAAACUCAAACUGUGCUUUUUGCAUGACUAUUAAAUCGUCGUCCUGUUAUGAGAGAAUAAACAAACUCGACCGCGAUCACUCGUAUUAGCAAAUUUUAUCACUUGUUUUCCCCCCGAAAUACCACGCGACGUUACCUUUAUUCCAUCAAUCCUAAAGCGUGUACAAAGAUAGCAGGUAUCGUUAAUAAGGUCUUUUACUGGCAAUAAAAACAUACUUGAUUUCAGUUGAUGUGCAAAACUGCUGUCAGAGGGCUCGAUUUGAAGGACUGGAGUGAGAUUACGAGAAGUACAAUGUCUUAUCAAACUGAAAUUAGACUAGGCAUAAUUAUUACUGUAGUUUCGUACUAUACAACUGCCAGGUGCAGAACUUUCCAGAUAAAACUUAAAGAGCCAAGAAGAGUGAGCAGUGGUGCGCCAGUUGUUUAGUAGCGGAGACUAUAUGUCAAACUAUAUGUAAUGAGAUGUCAAGUCAAAUCCUCAGUUAGCUCAGUUAGCUCAGUUGAUAAGAUAUUGUAUUUUUGGCAAUAAAAAUGUACAAUGUCCUCUAUAAAAAACCAAAAGCACUCACUGAGGCAAGGGCUUACACACUUUGAUUCACAGUUAGGAGAAAUUGAAGCCGACAGUCUCAGUCUGGUAGGGAAUCAGCGUAAGAUUCAAUAGGGUCUACUGAACAUACAAAAGACCUCUCAUAAAGAGACGGAUCUAUGUUAUAAGCUUUGACUUGUGUUGCUGUCAUAGGAACAACUGGAUGUAGAUAAUGAAAGUUCCCUCAGUCCGCGGCAAGACAAAAGAAGUCCAUUUUCACUCCCUAAAUUCGGUGGUGGCAAUAAAACGGUAAGUUUCAGUCUAAACACCGAUCCAAUGCACCUUUCUAAGGCAAAUAGAACCAUUCUUAUUCAUUCGAGUCAUUCAUUCGUGCACUUUCUUCACCUGAAAACUGGCGUCUUUACUCACAUUCAGACUCGAAAACCAGCCGGAGCUAGAGCCUAGGAUGAGCAGCGAUAAAACUAUUAACAUGCAGUAAUUAUAACACCAAAACUGUACUGUGGGGCCGAGAAAAUAAUUGAAAGUUUAGUUUUUUUUUUCUUACUGUACAUUAACGACAUCAACAAUGCUUCUAAUCUAUUAAAUCUGAUAUUGUUCGCUGACGAUACCAAUGUAUUCAUGUCACAUAAAGAUCUGAACUAUCUCUCAGAUAUGUUAAACUUGGAGAUGGACAAACUGUCAAUCUGGUUUAAAGCAAACAAGCUUUCUCUAAAUCUUAAAAAGACUAAAUUUAUGGUCUUCAAACCAAGACAAAAGCGUUCAAUUUGUAAUAUUCAAAUAAGUAUAGAUAAUCAAAAUAUUGUUAAAGUAAAGGAGACAAAUUUUCUAGGCGUAAUUUUGGAUGAAAACCUAAAUUGGAAGUCGGAAAUAUCUCACGUUGCAAGUAAAGUUGCGAAGUCAAUCGGUACAAUAUCUAGAUGCAGCUUCUUUCUUCCUAAAUCGUCUUUACGUAUGCUCUACUAUUCCUUAAUUUAUCCUUAUUUUUACUACUGCAAUAUCGUUUGGGCUUCGACCUAUAAAACUAAUCUCCGCCGCCUUGUUAUCCUGCAAAAGCGCAUUAUUAGAAUUAUUAAUAAAUCACAUUUUAAUGCUCAUACUGACCCCAUCUUUAAGGACCUCGGUAUACUAAAAUUUAAUGAUAUCCAUUUGCUUCAACUGGACCAAUUUAUGUAUUCUUGCAAAAAUUCAUUCUUACCUCCAAAGUUUAAUAACAAUUUCUCUCAAAGCAAUCAAUUCCACUCUUACAAUACAAGAAAUUCCCAGGCCUACCGUCUACCGUAUUGUCGUACAAACACAAAGAAGUUCUCGCCCUUUUUCAAGGGCCUAAGUUUUUAAUUCACUUGACAACAAGAUCAUCAACUCUCAAUCCCUCUCCUCUUUUAAGAAAAAACUGAAGAUUAAAUUAUUGAGUAAGUAUGAAAACAGUUUAUAAAUCUUUCCAUCUUCGACUUUUCGCCUUCUUCUCUUCAAGCUCCUAUAGUUUCUGUUAGGUCUCCUCGCCACUUCUUUUUUUUUUUCUUCGUCUUCUUUUCCUAUAUUUUUUGUAAUUAGUGUGGCAAAUAAAAUAAAAUAAAAAGAAAUAAAUAAAAUAAAAAGAAAUGAGACAAGACAAGAUAGAGUCCCAACUGAACGGAGGCAAACUUGAAUUGGCUAUUUACAAGCGUGGUCGAGGAUUUGAAAUCGGGACUAUCUCGAAUAGAUCCAGUCAGGGCCCCCGGAUUACAAGUCCAGCUCUGACCACUCUCCUUUAUUUCCAUACGCUCUAACCUGCCUGUGCCACCCUCAAACAAGCGGUAAAGAACAUCUCUAAAAUUCGACGAGGCAUUGAUGCUAUCCCCUUGUUAUCUCUUUCGUUUCUCCGACUUCAGCGUUACUGUACGUACAAUGCAUCGCUAUCAUUCCCAAUGGCGUGUGGCCACAUACAUUGCUGAAUUACUCUCCACAUAUACUGUCACAUGUCUGGCUGUUUCAAAAAAGAUCAUCCUCCCGUCCAUGACCUCGCCCCCUGUAAAUAAUGGAAUCCAAGACAGUUUUGGAUUCCGCAUUCUUUGUUAGUGGACCUUGGAUUGCGAAUUCCAAUCGUUAGUGGGAUUCCAGACUCGUUGAGCUGUAUUCUGGAUUCCACAACCAAAACAUUUUCCGGAUUCCGCAAUCCGGAAACCUUCCCUUACAUGGGACGAUUGUCCAGUAGACGUUUAAGCUGGAAUAAACUAAUUGUUAAUAAAUCGAGCGUCUUGCGCCGAAUUUAUUUCUGUUGUUUUAUAAUUGACUUAUCGGUGCCUUUACUUCCAGUUAAAUCCUCGUGUUUGAUAUGUUUUACAUGAACUAACUAAGAUUGGAAUAAAAAAAAUACUGAGUCCAAGAUGGUUCACUCGGUUUGCUAGGGGCAAAUCCGACGCAGUAGCGGCUGCUGCGUCGGAUUUGCCCCUAGCUUAUUCACCCACGCAGUGGUUAUUUGGUCUUGUCGGGCAACUCUCCACCCCAGAGGAUCCUUUGAGACGAGGCAAAUAAUAGCUGCUCAAUUGUUGGCUAUUCCUAGUACACCAAGCAGCAGUCAUUUCUUUCCAAUGCUCGCAUUCCCAGGAAACGACUGCUGCGAAGACUACUUCGUCCCCCGAAGAUCGAUCACGAAUUCGAUUCUGUUGGGGAUCUUCCGGUACAUUUUACCGGAUAUUUUUUUUACAAUGUUAUGCAAUGUUAUGAUACAGUCUCAUAAAGAAGUUUAAAAAGAAAUACUUUUCAUGGUUGUUUUUUUAAUCCCCUAGGCGGACUCUGAGGGCUUAUCUGAUAAGCAACAAGACACUCCCAAAACAGACAAAAAGAAACAAUACAAGCAGCAGAAAUCAGCAGAUUCAACUCGAACAACGGUAAGACGUGAGAUGCCGACAUCGAGCACUCAGUGCCAGUACAAUACGCGAUAUUUAGAAUUAUUUUCAAUUAACUCCUUGUGUAUCUUACUGAGUUUGGAUGCACUGAAAGUCUUUCUGAAAGUCCUAUUCUAGUCUUCGGCGCAUUCAUACCCAAAAGAUCAUGACAAGUUCUAUUUAUACAGAGUAUGCGGAGUUGUUCACUUGGACAUUUUGGACAUGCGCUAGCCAAAUGCAUUCUCGACCCCAGACCUGUGAUUUUUCUCGCCAGCACCACGGGGCCGAAACUCAGUUUUCUCCAAAUGGCUUUUUAUUCAAGUGAAAGGGAAUGCACAUGCGCAAGCUUAUCUCAAGUUUCCUUGUAACCUUUUUCAGUCCAGCGGGACUGUUCCCUACCGCUAGCUUAGCAAAACAUCGCAAGCCUCGUCCCAGGGUCUUCUCGUUUUCCAAUAUGGCGGCGGCAGGGAUCAGGGAAGAGGGUCACUUCUUCUUGCUAUGUUUCUUUUUAUAACGACAACGUUUUUGCGAACAUUUUUGUGAGGCGUGUGAAAAAUUCAACGGAGAUAAAAACUCAUUUUGAUGACGAAAUGUAAAUUAUAGCAUCGUUGUUGAAACAAUACAUACAGUCUUUUUUUUAAUAAGAAUAUAUUUUAUAAGAAUAUCGAGGCUGAAAUUUACGAAAUUUUAUGAAUAUUUUAAGAAUAAAGCCAAGGCUGAGAUUUUGAAAAGGAUAGACAUAAUUUUGUGUGUUGAAACAUCUGUAAAUACAAUACAAUUUUAUGUUUUUACCUUAACCGUAUAAAAUUAUUCCUUUCUCUGACGGCGAAACUAGCCAACAAAACGAAAAAACCUGCACUAGCUAUAGCAAAAUGUUCAACGCUAAUGACAGUUCGACGAACGGUACAUGUAUUACAUAUAUAUAUACCCCAAUAAAUUCUAAAACGGAAAUGUGAUAAGCUAUAAUUUAAGAAUAAUACAAGAAUAUUUUCAGCCUAAAAUCGGCAGAAAAAUAAGAACAUUCAGCCUGGGCCAGAAAAACAACAUUCUUAUAAAAAAAAAAGAGUGUAGUUUUGAAUUACCUACCCAAUCCGAAAGCACAAUGUAACAAUCUAUUUACUAGACGCCUGUUUGUCUAAGUGAGUUUUUUUUUUCGGUUACCAAGCCGAGGAAAUUAAAAUACCGAAAACCUUUAUGAUAAUUUCACAAAGUAACAUUGACAACAAAUAAAUUUCCAAGUGAUCUGUAAUGAAUCUGCAAUUUCAAGUAGAAAGUUAACCUUGUAGAACAGAUAUAAGGUCAGGAAUUUUUUGUGUGAGUCCAAACCGUUUAAAUUUUAAUUUUGUUGCCAUUUUAUCAUCUGGCCAUUACUUACUGCCAAGGAUCAUAAAAUGCUUCCUGUUUUAUUUGGUUCAGUGCCACGGAAAAAAAAAUUAUUAUUAUGCUGAUUUUGUGGGUUUCGUCUUGCGAGCAAAAACAAGCCAGUGUUUUCUUAAUUGACUUUUACAAUAUCACAAGAACUGUUUAUGUACUCGCGUGAAAAAAAGUUAUUUCGCGGAGGAAAAUGUGGUCCGCUAACUGAUAAGAUAUCCAACAGGCAAAUGCAGUAACAUGGAAAUUCUUGUCGAAUUUCUUAUCGCGAUGUUUGCUUUUGAGAGAAAUCAGUUCCGCUUAUUGGUCACAGAGAUAUCUAAUCCCCUACUUUCUAUUGACAAAGUCUGAAGUGUUUGAAUACUGCCAUAAAUCAUAACACUGGACGCUUUACGUUAUCGUCAAGAAAAGGUAGACAAGCGUUUGAAGUUUAAUUUUGCAUACUGGUGACACCUGGAGGAACUAUGAUGGAGGAAUGCUUAAGCGAGAGUUUCCAUGAUCCCUCGUUUUUGGCUAUUCCGUGCCCUGGUGUCGGAAUAAAGGCGCGUUCAUACUCGGACACCUCGAUCUUCAAAAAUAUUCCCGAAAAAAAUCGUAGCUAUUCUCAUAGUGAAGAUGACAAUUGCCGACUCUCGCCUCCUCCGAAGAUUACGACAGCAGGUAGUAUCGAAGGGUCAAUCGAUCGUGAGACGUCGACAUUAAAAACAAAGCGCAAGAUCUCACGCCAAAGAUCACCAUUUAACAGCGAAAAGGCUUUCGACAUUUUUUCCAAGUUUACAAAGAAUGACAUUGUGGCUAAAGUAACAGCAAGCAGCCCCAAGUUACUAGCAAGGCGCACGAGGUCGAAGACCAAAGACAGUGAAUGCCGAGAGACGGUUAGUUCAAAUUUGAGUUUUUAUUCAGAUCUUACAAAAUUUUUGCGCCGUUUUACCACAUUGAUAGUACAUUUUGUAUUUUUUUUCCCUCGUGAUUUAUCCAAGUGAUACAAAUAUUCACAGAAUUGCAUGACUUUUAUGAGAAGCUCCGAUUAGUCGGAUUGAUUAGAACACCCGCUAUGUUUUAUUAGGAACACUAAGAUUGGACCUCAGGCGGGAUAAAGGAGUUCAUUUGCAACCUUGCCUCUAUUGUUUUAACUUUCUGGGUGUAAUAUAACGGCAAUGUUUUUACAAACUGAUAGCUUUGUUUGUUGACACGGCACACUAUCUAUUGCCUAGUGAACUAUGUUCAAAGACAAUUGAAUAAUCAGUUUCGGUUGAAUAAUUAGUUAUACUUACUUUCAGUUCCCGAGUGCCUCAGCGGUUUGAAACGUUAUAGAAAAAGUUUACAUUCAGUGUUCGUAAAUUAGGCCAGUUUGCCUUUCAAAAUACUUGUUCGUUGAAGUUACUAUACUAUUUCGGCCAAACAAACGUCCAUAAAAACUAAAUUGUAGUAGAACCAAUUCAAAUUUAUUUGCCGUAAAGUUGUUAUGAUAUCACUUUUGAGACUUUUUCUUUGCAAAAAAAGUCGGUCUCGCCUCCGACCACAGACAAAAAGGAAGAUUGCUCAAUUGAUUUUCGCUAAGACUGACGUCAUUUCGCUGACGUCACUGUACCACGAUCUUAGUUAUUAAAAAUGUGUCCCUCUGAUUGACUUACUAACAUAUAAUUUACUAAAACUCCUUGAUUCUUGUUUCAAGGGCAAGUAUCAGCAACUCAUUAACCAACCGCGAACAAAAUAUUUCAUGUUAUCAGCCUUACUAUAUAAAUAAUACUUCAUGUUUCAGUAAUAGCACACUGAGAGGCUUGUUUUACGCUUGGUGCAAUGUCCGAACACAAUUGCCAAACACAACUGCCAGAGAACUGGCACAAAAGUCACAAAAUUGCGCUUCGUCCAGAACCUUAUAUCUGAUAUUGUUCAUAAUGGACGCAAUUGCUCCAUUUUACGCUAAGGAAAAAAAAAAUGGACUGUCAGUAAACAGAUACGUACUUCGAAACUAACGAUGUACGCAUGCAUGCAGUUGAGUUGACAUCAGUGCCAACUGAAAAUCGUGCUGUUGUGGUUGUUCAUAUGGUCUCGACCUUGUACUCGCACCGCACCUGAAUUCUUAUCUGGCUUGGAUACAAAGAACCGGUGUGUUCACACUCAGACAUCCCCUUGUACUUUCCGCGAGCAUCGUACUUGAGUACUGUGCCUGGACACUAAGUGUGAACAUAGCCAACGUUUUAAUCUCUUCUUAGUCAAAUUCAGUGGCGGAUCCAGGGGAGGGGCCCAGGGGCCCAGGACCCCCUUUCUGUCAGACCAAAGUGAGGCCCAAAGGGCCGAAAAAAAUGUUUUGGAGACUGCCCCCCUACAUAUCUCAGGGUCUGGAUGCCCCCCCCCUUAUCUCAAGGCCUGGAUGCGGCACUGAAAUUGGCCCGGUCGUAACGAUGUCGUUGCAUUGCGUCGGUACUUUCCUAGCUGCUUUAUUAAUAACACCUGCCUUUUUGGCAGUAAUUCGUGACUGCAUGUUACCGACACUGGUUAUGGUUGUAAGUCAGUCCGAGACGGACAAAUCGCAACUGUAAGGCAACUCGCGCUUGCAACGCAUUUUAACACGAAAUAAUCAGAAUCGGUAGGAACUUCAACUUUAUCUUUAAGUUUGUCCUUAAGGAUUUUUAAGAAGCUCCCUCAAGUUUCUUGCUCAUAUAUUUCAUUGCAUACAGUGACAUUCUGGGUGCAAAGAGUCUUGAGACGUUUCAGUUCCUCAUUCCUCAGAGUUGUUUGCAUUCCGAACAAUUCUGAAUUUAUUUACUUCAAAUAAAUGGCAACGCAAAGCUUAGUAUAUGUGAAACGAACCAUUGGCAGAUUUUAAAAUGUCAUGUUCAGUUGACGAGAUGACAUGAGAUGCUUCAGUCAAAUAAAGUGACGAACCAGACACGAGUCAGACACUAAUUACUAAACGGGACUGGAACGAGGAAAUGAUGAAGAAAUGUUUUCAAGCAUCCAACUACUUGUCGGAUACGCUCGCAUCAUGGCGACAGUUAAUGGGAAUUUUUGUAUAUGACUAAAUAUUUUAUAAAUUUUCAACAAUAUGUUUUAAAGAAAAACUCAAUAUCAUUAUACUAAGUAAAUAAUAAACACCUAAAUAUAACACUGGAAAUUGUUCAAUAUAAACGUGAUAUAAUGGGGCAUUAUUCUGCCCUGAUAACCAUCUUAUCUUUCAAUAUUUAACUCAUUUUACUUAUUUGACAGGUUUUCCUUGUGGAAAAUAUUCAAGAUGGAUUGGAACCUGCGCUUAAGGUGAGCACAUUUACGUCACUGCCCUUGUCAGGUUAGUUAAGAAAUGCCGUGGGUGGAUGUCAGUUUUGAAGGUCCUGUGAGUUAUUUUGAAAUUGAAAUCUUGCCUAUAUUUCCCAUCUGAAACAGAAAGGGAAGUUGAAAUGUUCACUUUCUUCCAGGAGAAUAUCUAGAGUAUUUGGCGUGCGAGCGGCUCAAUUCCUCUUAUAUUUUAAUUCGUGCUUCUGAUUGGUCGUGAGUCGAGGGAAAUUCAAAACAAUCUAACAAUCAAAAGUACCUACACGGUUAUCACUAUGGAAUUUGUGCGCUUGUUCCUCUUCAUUUCGCGGGAAAAAGCUACAGUGGCAUCUCGAAAUGUCGGCAUUUCGGCUAAAUACGUUAUAAAAAUUUAUGCAUUUGGUUCGGCUCAUGUGAAGUUCAGCGUUUAUUUGAGUCAUCGCCAGUCUGUCCGCAGUCGUUUUCCCGGCUGAGCCGAUCCAAUUUUGAAUGUUGAUUGAGACGUCGACGCCGAUUGAUCCACAUGAAAUUAAUUUGUACUGAAUUUGAUUCGGUCUAUGUGAAAUACGGCUUCUGAACCAGGCGAAAAGUAAUAUCGAUGUUUUACGGAAAUCGGUCAGAUUUUUUAUAAAAAAAUAUUUUUUUUCUGGAAAAUGGCCAAUCAGUUGAAAGGCUUCAUCCGAGGAGAAUGGAACUGGCCAAUAUCCUGUUUGAAUGACUCAGAAACCCAGGGAGUUGAAAUCCAAAAAAAGUCCCUGGGAAGCGUGCCCCCGGACCCCCCUAGAAACUUACCCCUUUGGCGCUCGUUUAGAAAAUCGGUCAGUAUUUAUCCCCGGAUCCGCUCCUGGGAUCUCUAAUUAAAGGGCUGCUGUAGCCAGACGUCACUUGAUGUGUAAAAUGAAACAAAACUGAAUGCAGGGCCUGCAUUACGGCAAAGGGCUGAUUUAUUGUAGGCCAAUAUUUCGGCUAACAAAAUUAGCCUUCCUCAGGACCAGAGCUGUACAGAGAGAAAAUGUUUUUAGGUUAUACAGUAGGUUAAACGACCACCGCUGAAAUCUUGGCAUUAGUUCAAGGGGCAAGUUCCACUUGUAGUAAAUUAAAAGAUCUGGAGAUAAGACGAUUGAGGAUGCUAGUGGAUAUUACCCAUGGCGUGAUCUAUGGACUAUGCUGCAGGCAGGGGUUUCUGGCAGGUAUGCAAACUUUGGCAAGGGCAGGCUAAGUAAGUGAGAUGAAGAUAAGCGAGGGAUAAAAUAGAUGGACAAUUCGGUAAUCUCUUUUAGAAAGCCGGAAAUUGCUGUAUAUUUUUUUAUUUAAAUGUUGCUCGUAAGCGGAGAAAACGUGAACAGCUAUGCCAACUUUUAUUCGAACAGAGGAAACAACGCUCGCUCUCAUCGUAAACACGCAUUAUAUAAACAUCACGUGGGAGGAGAGGGUGGUGUUGCUAUUUGAUCUUCCUGCCGGUCACAAUCACACACAAGCGAGGCAUUGACCCGCAAAAACAUGGCCGCCCAAGCGUACGACGUGUGCAAAUGUUUUCACUUUUAAAUCGGGGCCAUGUCAGAGCGAAAGACCAGCAAGGUUCAUAAGAAAGACCGGGAAUCAACUGUCUUUGCCGUAGACAUCAAGUCUCUUACAUCGAGUGAAAGUACCUUUUCCUUGAGGCCGUUGAAGGUGGGAAAGUAUUCAGCUGAUACACCGUAAAUGAUUUUAUAAUUACUUCUUAGUCUUUUCAUGGCUCUGUAUUGUUGGUCACGCUAUCGAGUUUAUGAACUUAAGGACUUUUACAAGUGAGCAUUACACUACGGAGCAUUUGCUAAGCCUAAGCCUUGGCCCUGUUGAAGACACUUUCACAGCUGAGUACGGCUCAUCUCAACCCGACAUUUUUGCAAACCAAAAUAUUUGAUUUCUUGUUUAUAUCCGAAAUUGAGUUUCGUUGUUUGACCAACUUAUCUAUUAUUUGCCUUAAAGAUAGAAUUUUGAGGGGCGAAAAUGAACGUUUAUUUACUUCUGGAUAUGUCGAGAGUGCGUGUUUCAGUAAAAGGUAUCUUCAAAUUAUAGGUAUUGUAAAUUCGACCUUUCAGCUAGCACUUGGUGUUAUGUGUUCAUCCCGCGGUGUCUUUCUUUCAAUUUAGGCUUAAAUUAUGAAACAGUGUUGGCUAUGUAUCAAGCGGUUUUGUGCGCAAAUUGUUUAGAUGUUAGAUAAAUUACUGCCAUCCUUCCGCUCUGGAUUUAUGCGAAAAGCUCUUAUUAAAAUAAUACCGCAAAGUUUGUUUUUGCCUGCAGGAGGUUGUCACCGGAAUUCUUCCCAUCAGCUAUGAAGAUGAAAUUGUGCAGAAACGGACGCAAAUUUUGAGAGACCCUCUGCAGAUUCUGCUGGUUUUCCCGGAGGACGAUGUUGUAGUAAGUGAUCUGACUUUUAAACAUUUUCGUGUCGCACCGCAAAAUGACUAAAUGCAUGAGGCGUUUUGCAUUUUAACCCUAACAGUAUAAAUCUACGACCUUCGAUGUCCUCGCCUUUGUAGUAACAUUUAUCAGUGAUCAUGCAUGGGUGAAUUUACAUUGUACUCGGAACAAUGCGAGCACCAUUUCUGCCUCUUGCCAACCACGUGCGAAGUGGUGAUUUUCUAAAAACAAGUAAGCUUAAUUGCAGAUAGAAAAAACUAGUGUUAGUGUCAAGCGCAUCGAUUUUUAUCAUGUACUUUACUGGCUUUGUAUUCUUUGAGCUCAAAACAAAGCUUGAGAGCAAUGUAAUGCACAUCUGCCUUUAAGGCAAUUUUUCUCUAAUUUCAUCCCUUACACCGUGUUAAUUUUUAUAUUUUAAUGUUGUAACGUAUGGAGGGUUUUUUUCUUUGUUUUUACUUUCUAAUCGUCGUCUGAAUAAUUUUCCUUUCAAGCAAACAUGUCAAUAUUUCGAUUCCGGUAUUUAAAAAAAUCCACAUUGUUAUGGACCCAAUUAAAGUGAGUUUUUCAUCUUCUUUAGGGUAUAUUUGAAUUCUCUAUCUCGAAACAUGACCGAGUUUUGUUGAUUCUAGAUUAACAAUUAAUUAUACGUAAGUCCAGGUUUUUGUCUCCUCAGAAGUAUUUUGUUUUCAAAACAGGCAAAUGAUAGAUAUUAAAAUUUCAUGACGGCUGUUCGGUCUGGUCGUCGGCGUUUGCAGUGUGAAUAGAACUCGUGUUUUGCCGCCGUUGUAGAUUCCCAACAAGUUGAUCUCAUGUCGAUGGAAUUUUGCGAUCCAGAUGAGCCUUUUCAAAUAAGAGUAAGUCUGCUAAAAUUCUAAGAGGAGAAACCCUGUUUGGAGGAUUUGCUUUUUUAAUGUGUUUGAGAAAGAUUUUACCAUUCACAGUAACAAACCGGGCGAAGCCGAAGCUGCGUUUAAGGAUUCUGUAACAGAUAUAAGGUCAUAUGAAAGUUGAUUUUGAAUGGGUUUGUUUUUGACUUGAAGGUGCAUAUAGUCGCUUAGUUAAACUUAUGUUUUGAUUUUAUGUUCUAAGAAUUGUCCUUGACUUUUCCUCAAGUCAAAAAUCACGAUCAUUUUGAGUGUAUACAGCAUUUAAACCUACUCCAAUAUUGUGUGACAUGUUCAAAACAUUUUGUUUGUGACUUGUAUUUUUAGUCAAAGGAAUUUUAGUGUUUCUCUGCCUCUAAAGUAUUUGUUCAUAUAGAUUUUCAUUCGACGAAAACUUAGGCGAGACGUGACAUUGAAUAUUGGAAAAGCUUGUAAACAAAAAUUUCGAUUCCGUAUUCUGUUUCGCACAUGAAAAUUAAUGGGCACUGCAAAUUAUAUAAUUACACAGGUGUUUUUAAGAAUGAGACGCCUUUAGUGAGGAUUGAAACAAAUAAAAUUUAUUUUAGAGUUUUCUAUGUCUUUAGUUCAUCUCUAUCUCACACCUUAACACAAAAAAGUAAAAAGUUUUCAUUUUUUGUCGAAAGAUCCUAAUUAUUCUUUUUAAAACAUUUUUGACCUGGUCAUGUCAGCUAGUAAUUUUAUAAUUUGCAGGUGCAAGCGAAAUAGCACUGAUUCUACAAACGUGGUAAAAUUUAGUUGUUCUAAUACUGUAUGGAUCACUGGUGUUCAGAGUGUUACCUCAAAAAUGCCACUCAUUGUUCAGAUAGCAAGAGGUUAAUCUGCCACCACUGACCUGUGUUCAUUUUCUGUAGUAAAUAAAUUGCAUUUCUAUACAUUAGCAUACAAAUUUAAUUACUGUAGUUCCUGUUUCUCAAUUUUUAGUUAUGGGUGUAAUAUAUUUAAGCACUAAAAGGAUGAAGUGCUUGAUGGUUUUUUUUGUUCAGUUUCAUUCUUUAAGGAAAAAUGAAGUUAUUAAGGGAUCUUAUCAGUAAUACAUUUCAGUGCAAGAAAAUGUAUACUUUUGCUUUGAUGGGGCAUCCUUAAAUUAUUUUUGAAACUUUGAAUCUUGAGUGUUGUAAAAACUACACGUACACCGGUAAUUGAAUUGUACAUUUCCCUUGCUAAAUGCUGGUGAAUAAUUCAGGAAGUCAGGCUAAGGUAAUGCUUUUAGUAAACAAAAUAUAAACCUUAGAAAAAAUUUACCCUAGCUGAAGGAGAUAAAUUCAUCUCGAAGAAAAUGUUUUUAAUGCCAUUUAUCUGCAAUUGUUAUUACAUUCUGCCACUGACAUGUAUAUAAAUAAAUGAAUAAAUAUAUAAAUAAAUAAAUUAUAUAUAGAUAAAUAAAGAUUUGGAAGUAGCACUUCCACAAAGUGGUUCUUCGUCUACCUGAUUCCUGGUCAAACUGGAAUUGGAAAUGUUGGUUUUUGAGGAGAGGGGAAAACCGGAGUAUGCGGAGAACAACCUCUCGAAGCAGGGAGAGAACCAACAACAAAGUCAACCCACAUAUGGAGUCGAAGCCGGGAUUUGAACCCAGGCCGCAUUAGUGGGAGGAGAGCGCUCUCACUACUGCACCAUUGCUUGCUCCCCAAAAGCAGUAAUUAAUGUAUAAAUGGUCUUAAGGAUGUUUAUUUUUUUACUUUUUUUAUCACAAACCUGUCUUUUUUAUUGGAUACUGUUUAAAAUAAUAUUUCUUCUGUUGUUUCAAAGCCAUAGGCAAACAAAAAUCUUUCAGGGACAGAAUAUUUUCAUUGAAAUAUCUGACAAGUAGAGAACUUAAACUUUGUAAUAUGUUUAUGUAGGUCCAUAUUUGAUUUGUCAUUGCAUUGCCUAUCUGAUCCCAACAUUUUUUUUCCUAUGGAACAUGCAAAUAAAAUGUUAGAUCUUCUAUGCAAGUAAGUAAAGUUUACCUCAUACUGUGGUAUUGAAGAGCGAUUGUUUUGUUAUUUUUUUAGGCCUUUACUUUUCCUCGUGAGCUAAGGACUAUUCAGUCUACAGUUCCUCAUGAUGCUCUGUCCAAAGUUUCAAACUUAUUCACGCGUGAGGUAUGUUUUAUUUAUUAACUUAGUGUGGCCGUCAUUGAGCAUAGAGUCACAUGACAGUGAUAACAUCAAUGAUCAUUGGUGGAGGGAGAAUUUAUCCAAGUGAGGAACAUUCAGUUUUAGUUAUCUAAAUUUUAGAUGCUAGAUAAACUAUGUACAUAUUUCUUUUCUUUCUUUCUUAAUUUGAUUUUGAAACUUGCAAAAUACUUUGCUAAGUGUUUCUUUGUUAAAUAAAAUUGUUAUGUUAUCAUUUAUAUCCACUGGCAAAUUGAAAGUGCAAACUGCCAUUGACCUUAUUUUGCAUGUGCUUUAGGAUUGAAAUGGAUAAAAGCAAUGUCACAUGGUUUUUGAGGGGGCAAACAAGUGAUAAAAUUUGCCUAUGUAAGAAAUCGCAGUUGAAGUUGUUUAUUCUCUUGAAAUGAGACGAUGAAUUAAUAGUAAUGUAAAGUGUACUGUAGGUCGAGUUUUGAAAUUUUUUUCAGUGGCCAGAUGGAAAAUUCUGGUCGCCAGCAAGUGCCUGUGAAAUUUUUGCUCAACAGCGAAACAAAAACGACAACGAUUUUAAGACGUUGUUUUUUUCGCAAGCUUACAUGUAAAACAUGAUCUUUAAUACUCGUGAACGAGCGUAAAAGUCAGACUACCAUGUUUUUUGAUGCACUAAAAGGCAUUAAAUGAUUGUGUAGUGUAGGUGUCUAAGUUGAAAGGACAUUUCCUUAAAUAGAUAGCCAUAUUAGUUUAAAGACUGAACAUUAUAACGAGACAGUGUCUUUCCAGGCACUUACACGUAAAACUAACCGCCAUUUUGCUCGUACCAGGUCACUUCGGAAAAAAAUUGUUCAUACCAGUCUCCCACCUUUGGUGAUUUUGUUUGCCCAUAAACAGUCAAUGCUUUUGAUAAAGGAUUAUGUUGUCCUGUUCUAUUUUUGAGGGUGUCCUCCUCUAUUCUUACUGUACAACAUUAACCUACUAUUUUAUGAGUUGCAAUAAUGCUGGCUGUUAUGUGCCUUUUGUAGUGCAUCAGAUGCUACACUGCCAACUGGAGUUGUAUUGAGAACAAGUAUACAAGAUAUGGGGGCAGCUAUCUCAAACUCCCUAGGUUAGGACAUUAUUUAGAUGAUCAUAUUAUGAAUAAGUAAAAGUUAUAAAGUUGGUUUAAGUUCAGAUGAAGUGGUGGUAUCUUGAAAUGGAGUACUUAGCUUGCAGUCCUUGCGAGCAUCCAAUGAAAUGUCAAAGCAGGCUUGAUCAUCAUCAUUAAAAAGAUGCACUUUUUUGAUAUUCACAUAUGUUAUAAUUUAUUACGCAUUUAUUUAUUACUUCUGAUUUAUACAGUAUGUAUGUAUCUAUUUAUUUAUUUUAAAUGGACAGACCAAGACCAGGUGAGGGAUUGCAAGAACAAGUAUUUGAGAUGGAUGCUGCGGAUGAAGUGGACUGUGGAAAUCAGGUUCCUCGUUGUAUUUUUUAUUAUUUGGAUUAAUUCACAGUUAAACCUCCUAGAAGUAGGGAGAAACCUAACAUCAAUGUCUCUGUAUUAAAAACCUACACAUGUGUCUCGGGAAGUGGCCCUACUCACCUAUAAUUUAAGUUUUGUAAAUGUGCUAUGUCAACUACACUUGUAUACUGGUUAACAUUUCUUGGAACUUGUAGACUUUUUUCAGACGUAUGCUUUUAACUGUUUGUGAAAUUGAUGAAGGAAAUUAGGAAUAGUCUUUUUUUCAUGAAAUGGUAUUUCUUACCCUGGCUUGGGGGGUCCAUUCUCGAUAUAUGUACAGGAUGAAGUGAACUGUGCUCAAGGCUUCGCUGUAAACUAUCAGCAAUUAGUUAAGAAAAAAACCUCAGCACCCAUGUUUCUUUACCUUCUAAUGACUUUUGUAAAGAUUUUCUCAAGGAGACCCAUUCGGAAGUAGUUAGAGAACCCAUCCCCACCCGUCGAUAAUGGACGAGAAGUCAUGUAAUUACCAAGGUAACCAUUUUGACUGUUUUCAUUGAUUGUCAGGAUUUGAUGAUGAGCCCUUGCAGAGAGAAAGGCAUCACUAAACAGGGCUACCUAACAAAGGCACCCUUUCAUGGUGAAAGCAAUGGAACUCCAGGAGCGAAGGUCAGAACUUUUAGUUAGACAUUUGCAAACAACUUUAAGUCUGUGUAUGGGUAUUUCUGACAAAAUGGAAUUUGUGAUAAUCGCUAUUUAUGAAACGACGAGCUUAGAAAUUAAAGCAACAAUCGCAUUGCUAUUCGGAUCAAGUUUGACAAUGUUAGUGUGCAUUGAAGGUUAAACAAUAUGCCCAAAAGUGUGUCAGCUGCAUAUUCAGAGUUUUUGUUUGAUAAGGUAUUCCUUAACCUUUUGCUUUUUUCCAUCAUUGUUGUCUGUUGCUCCUCCAAGCUUGCCAGCUGGGCUUGUAGUGUGACCACACAAAUUAAUUCUUGAUAUGCAAUAAUUUUGUUGAAAAACUGAUGAUUUGAUGGAAAACACGCAACGAAAACCCACAGUGAGGCUCAACAUAAAUUUAUCAUUCUUUCUAGUGAUAACUGCCAGAAAAAAAACAAAGUGAAUGGACUCCCCACCCUAAGUAAAAUUCCCCAUAACUUUCAUACAACCGCCGCAUAGCUUUGUAACCAAUAUUAUGACAUUACCACCCCUCCCCCAAACCUACCUAACACUAUAAAAACUUCUUGAUUCUAAAUUUUGAAAAAUGCUCUUACUAGAAAGAAUCUCCGAUUUGGUUUUUUUAAGUUGCCAAUUUAGUUUUCCUGCGGUGUAUUAAUGAUAAGAAACCUUGUUAAAAAAAAAAAAAAAAAAAAAAUCAGGGGAGUUGAUGCAGGUUGUGUAUUUUGUUAGAAUAUUCAUGUUUUGUGGUCUUAGUUUUUUAAGCAAAAAUUACAUGUGUUGCAUACGAAGGGAGGUGCCACUUUUAGAUUUCGGAAAAUAAGAACCCACUUUGGGAACCUGAGCUGAGGUGUUCUAAGGUUGAUGAACAUAAAUCUGAACUACAUUUAUAACCUCUAAAAGGCCGUUUACCGUAAAUUAUCUAAUAAGCACCCGGAGCGUCUAUUUAAUUCUAAGGAUCCAAGCGGACGCAUUUAAUAGAUAGGAGGCGUUUAAAAGAGACAGGCGUUUAUUUUCAUAACUGUAAUUAGCUCAACAAUACUUAACAUCCUUUCUGCGAAAAUGUUAAGAGAGUUUAAAAAGCAGAAUAUCCAGCCAAUCAAUAUACGUCAAGCCAGCUCAAUGAUCCAUAUCACCCUUUUAAAUCCUAAUAUCGAUGUCAGAAUCCUCGGUCAUUGUUAUUGUGUUGCCAUCGUUAGUCUAUACUUGCUUUAACGCUGAAAUUGAACAAGAUGAAAUACGGAAACCGUUGUUAGUCAAGCAAGAAACUGAAUGAAUUGAAUGAUUUUGCACCUCUUUGCUAAAUAAAUAAAUAGUUUUUACUUAUCUGUUAAAUCUAACUUUUACUAUUAUACCUCUUCUUAGUUAAGGAGUAAAACUAUAUUUUUUUAAGACACCCUAUAAUACAAAGUCCUUUUUAGUCCCUUUAGCUUUUACUUCUUCCUUACCUCUAAAAUCUAGCAUUUACUGUACUCCUUUUCUCCACCCUUUUCUCUACAGAACUUCAAACGGAGAUGGUUUCAUUUAAAACAGAUAUCAAGUGAUGGAUCAUAUGUCCUGGAAUACAAGAAGGUAUGGACCUCCCUACCCUGAAUUGCUGGUUGAGACGUAUUAUAUCAAGUAUGAGACGCAGUGUUUCAUCACCAGAUAAAACACUGAGAAAGGAGUUGAAAUUGCGCGGAGUAUUUUUGACGAAGUUCGAGGCGUUUCAUCUGGUGAUGAAACGGUGUGUGUCGAAUGCGUGACAUUACUUCUCAAACAGAAUGAUUUUAGGGAGGGAGGGAGGGAGAAAUUAAGGAUGCAAAAAAUGAGCAGUUUUUCAUCUGAUUCCCAAACACUCAUUAAACAUUAAGGUCCUUUGUAUUUUCUUUAUGAAUUAUUAUUUGAGAAAUAAUGAUAAUAUCAUUACAUGUGUAUUGCUCCUCAAUAUUGUGGAUGUGCACUUGGGUGCUAAGUCAGUUUACAAGAAUUCUACUCAAACAACCCCAAACAAAUAAAAUGAUGAGCAGGAAGCAAAAAUUGGGGCUAUUUACAAAUAUAGCUUACGAGUUAAACUCUAGUCUACCGAGAAGCGCGUCAAGCAAGUAGUCAGCAGUACAGUCAAACUCGUUAAUACGGACACUGAGGGGGCCACAGAAAGUGUCCGUAUUAACGGAUUGAAUUUAAAGAAAAUGUAAGGGCUUUCUUUCCCCAGGGACAAAGCAAACUGUCUGUAAUAAUGAAGUGUCCUUAUUAAGCGGCUGUCCGUAGAGCGGGCUUUGACUGUACUUAAAGUUAUGACAUGCUUUCUCUAGAGAGCAAUUUUUCUUUACGUACAUAGUGGGGAAAGACUGCCGUACAUUGUAAAUGCGUUUUUUUGGCUUUAAUGUCUCGAGUAGUAAAUAUAGAUUUGUCGCUGAGUGUUGGUUAUACAUGUAUGCAGGAUGAUGUUAACACAAGCAUGGCGAGAGGAGUGCUUUACUUAGAUGCGUGUACACACAUCUCAAAGGUACAUUAAGUACUUAAAGAUGAACUUUUUGUUAUAAACAGAGAAGUAGUCGUAAAUUAAAUCCGCAGCACAUUUGACCAGUCACAUGAUGAUUUUUUCUUUAUUUAUGUUGAUGUGAAGGAUAUAUGAAAUAAUUCAUUUAGAACUGCGCUUGUAGAUGAAAGUGAAGAAUGAUCAUCGCAGUUUAUUUAAGCAAUUGGAAAGAAAAGCCUCUUCAACGGCAUUUUGACCAAGUCACGAUGAUCAUUCUUCACUUUUUUUUAUUUAUGUUGUUGUAAAUCUGCCUUUCCAUGCUGGUGAAGCUUAAGUGUCGUACAUGUGAUUUUCCGCCAAGAGCUAUACAAGCGGUGGUUAUACCCCUGGGCCCGGUUGUUUGAAGACCGGUUAGGUUCGGCUUUCCUUAUCUUUUGUUCAUAACCAUUUUGAUGAUGAUGAUGAUGAUGAUGAUGAUGAUGAUGCUGUUGUGUUACUUUAAGAGCAUGGUAUCUUUUCUUUCCAUUCUCACUGCAGGGAGUCAAGGGACGCAUGUACGGCUUCGAGCUUCACAUACAAGACAAAUUAUACAGCUUGGUGGCUGACAGUCAGUCGGAUAUGGACUCUUGGAUAUCUGCCCUGUGCAAGGUUACUGGAAUAGAUAUGGAAGGGGGAAGCAAAAGUGGCCCAUUCAGUAUCAUCAGCAAAGUUAAAAUACCCAAGGUUCAUCAGUCGCUUCGUGAAAGCCUUAAGAGCAGCAAGCAUCCAGAACUUCUUGAAUACGCCAAAGAAACCGAGGUGUUAAACGCGAAGAGAAGGAAAGAUGGACGAAAGAAACUGUUUUCGCUUGUCCACGACUUGGACAAUAAUGGUACUUGUGUGAAUUAUGAUGAUGCGAGAAUAGACGCUGAUGUUUUCAAAGAGCAUUUUGGAUUGCGUAUUGUGUUGGAGUGUGAAGAACUGAAAUUUCGUCUUUUGAGGAUUUUACCUGAUGGAAGUGAAACAAACAUUGAACCUUUUUUUCUUUCUAUCGCGUUGUUUGACGCCAAAAAGGGAGCGAAAAUCUCGGAAGAUUUUCAUUGUGAUCUUAAUGACCCGUCCUCAAUUGAUAUGCUCCGGGGAUCGGAGUUGAUCGAGAAUGGUCACUUCGCAAAUGGAAACGACGUUCAUCACACUGGACUGGAUAGCCAGGAAGUGGAAUACGCGUGUCCCAGGAAGGUAGGCCGUGCUGAAUAGUUCCGGGGAAGGCAACCAGCGGUAGUUUAGUUAUCCAAACACGCUCGCGCUCGUGCCAUUCCCUUGUUGUCGCAUGCUUUUAAUUUCAGUUUUACGGACGUUUGCUUGUGUUUCCUCGUACUGUCGUAGCUUUUCGUUAAAUUCGAGUUGCACUCUCUCUUUCCGUUUCCUGAAAGUUCCAUUAAUUACCGGGCCCAGAAACCUGUUCUGUGCUUGCCAUAUAUGCAUUCAAGAUCGAGAUUUUAAUAUUUUUCAAACAGACACAAUUGUAACUAUCGGUCAACCGCGAAAGAAAUGGACUUGUUUUUUUAGCUGAAGCCCUCGCCAAUAUUCUUUACGUUAUGAUUUUGAAACAUAUAUACGGCAUCCUCCACGAAAAGUUACUGCCGGUACUUUUGCAGAUGGAUUUAAGAUGCCUGUGCUCUCUUCUCGCGCCACGAGAAUAGCGUUUUGUACUUAAGAAACAUUUGAUUCCGCAUUUUAUUAUAUAAACACCAAUGAAAUACCAGGUGAGCUUUCGCGCGAAAACAUGGUAUCUUCACACGUGAAAAUAUCACCGUUGCUAUGUCUACAUAAUAAAUCGCGCCUUUCGCAGGAAGAAACUGUUUCAGUGAAAUGAUUUGGUAUUUCAUUGGUGUUUAUAUAAUAAACAGAACAUUACAUGGCCGCUUGGAGAUACGAAAUUUCUCUUCUCGUGUUGAAAAUAUUUCACUCGUUCGCUGCGCUCACUCGUGAAAUAUUUUUCAACACUUGAAGAGAAAUUUCGUAUUUUCGCGCGGCCAUGUAAUAUCCUCUAUAUAUUACUAUCUGGUAAAAUCCUCUUUGGCUGUGUGGCAGGCUAAGAAACCGGCUGGCUUAUGGCUUAAAUGCAGAAGAAACAAGUUGAAGGACCAAGGCCAUGCUUGCGUGAAUUUUGUCGAUGUAGCUUCUGGAAACUGCUAUUGAUUGUUGGUCCAAAAAUACUCUUCUGGUCGUACAAGAGAAAUCAAAAUUUGUUACGUAUGGUGUAGUCUGGUACACAGCCGGUUUUAGGGUCGUCACGCAAUGCUCCGACUACGUAUGGUGUUGCACUGUACUAACUUUACUUUACAGCCAGAUGUCGAUUGGAAAACAGGCCCCAGUUGUUCAAAAGAUGCAUUAUAACGCUAUCAACUGGAUAAAUCGCUAUUCACUCGAUAGCGCAUUUAGUUUCCCAAAUACUUAUCCGCUGGAUGGUGAUUUAUCCGUUGGAUACCGCUAUUCAACGUUUGAACAACUGAGGCCAGAAAGUUAAAAAGUAAAUAGCGUUAUAUCCGUAAAGUUCUGCGUUAUUCAGAUUUAUUUUCAGCCUUACCCUACGUUUUUCUACAUAUCCGUCCAAAUUCUUUCCUCAGGCAGUCUUCUCUAUAACUGAUCCUAAUCCGGAAGUUUACUUAGUAAUCAGAAUAGAGAAAGUCUUGCAGGGAAGCAUUGGUUCGUGUGUUGAACCGUACCUCAAGUCUGGCGACACGAAAAAAGCAGCUCUAAAAGCACACAAACUCGCCGAGAUCUGCUGCAAGAGCUUGGGACAAUACGCCAUGCCCUUUGGCUGGGCGGCCAAGUAAGUUUGGUCGCGGUUUUGAAUUUUUGGUGAAUUCAAGGAAAGUGAGCCGAGUUAACGUUCCCAAAAACUCCUGGGACUAUAACUGGGAACAGGGAAACAAAUUGGCCAAUAAGGAGCUUAAGCAACAAAGUCGGCGACGGCUACGGCUACGAAAACGUCACGUAAAAAGUGAAUUCGCGUGGCCUUAAACUUUAUCGCGCUUAUUCCAUCUCGUUUUAUUCAUCAAAUGUUGGCCAAUUUUUUUUGUAUUUGAAUUCUAAAAGACUGUAUCAAAGCUCAGGAAAAGAAAAGAAAGUUGUUGUCUUGUGUCCACGUCCAGGACAAAACGUGAAAUUAAUCACUUUCUCGCUGUAGUCGUGCAGCGACGGCAAAGAAAUGUACAAGCAAGCGUGAUGCACGUGCAAAGUUGUUGUUUUGCCAGAAUUUAAACCUUUUGCUUUGUUGCCGUUCUCGUUGCCGUCCCCGUCGUCGUUGCUUAAGCUCCCUAACAGCUGAAUAAUGCGUCCCUAGUAACGAUCCCAGAAGUCUUUUUCGAGAAAUUUCUCGGGUUUGUUUCUUUCUCGUUUCUAAGUGGCAAAUUGCGCGAAAUCAUUGGCCAGAACAAGGUCGGUGUAUGGUCAUAAACACGCGCCAAUUGGUCUCGCACGAAAUUCCACGAUUGGCGCUAGCCUACUGUACUUGCCUCGAGAUGUGAUUGGUUUAUCAUACUCUCUGCUCGAUUUUUGAUCGGCCAGAGAUCAAGUUCGAUUUGGUAUGACGGCACUUAGUUGAAAAUCUGUGGAAUAUGUUGUGUCUAGUUUUGAUGCAGUAAUCUGCGCAAUAGACGAAACUAAACUCUGGUUAAGUCUGUCCGUCUGCCAAACAGCGCCGAAAUCUUUGUUCUGGGCCCCACCUGUGUACCAGGAUUUGAGUACGCACCAUGAUUGGUCUGUUAAGAAAGGCAUGGUCGAUUUGCCAAUCAGGUUGAAAGGAAAUUCAAAACGCAUUUCCGGUAAUUCAUGGAGUCCGUCGGCGGCCCAGAACAAGGAUCUCGGCGCUGCUGCUUUGCAGAAGUUACUAACCGGGGUUAAAUUACGUCUGCUAGGCAGGCUGUGAUGCAGAGGCUACAAGCGGUGUCAUUUAUUCUUCCUCUUUUUUGUUUAGACCAUUAUUCAACAGUGACAAUGAACUCGACAACAGUGAAGCAACGUCCAUUUACAAACAGGUUUGAAGGUGUUUUAGUUAUUUUUCCCUCACUUUUUUUUCUUGGAAUGCGACCACGUCAUUUUUUGCUUUGUGCUCUUGUAGUUGGCGAAGUUUACCGGCUAUCAGUUAACGUAUCCCAGCUACCUUGUUCUCUUGCGUUGAUCGUUCUUCUAGAAACUUACAAAGUGUCGUGUUUUCCCCAUUUCCUUCAAACUUACGCUGACGUUUGUGCUUUUGCAGGACAGAGAAAAGCUAAGUGACGAUGAAGUGAUUAAACUCUUAUCAAACUACAGCGUCACGUAAGUCAUUUGAUUACUGAAUCGUUUUGGGCACUUCAGCGAGUUGAUUUGUGCGCUUGUCUUCCUUAUUUUUCUAUUUAUUAACAGAAAGGAGAAAUUCAAGCAACACAUCAUACCUGGAACCUUGCAAAUUUCCCUCAAGACAUACAACGAAGGAAUCACGAGUAAGUCACUAUAUAAGAACUGAACACUUUGUUCUCAAAAUUAUUCUCGAAAAAAGGUGUAACAUAUUGCUUUAGAGCCGCUACGAUUUUUGGAUUCAUACACACAUCCAGUGCUAUCGUUUAUAGUUUUGGUGGUGAGUGGCCAAGGGGGGAGAAAGAAAAAGAAAAACAUUAGAUUUUAAGAGCUGGAGGGUAGCUAGAAACCAGAGGUCGGGAACUUAAAUCCCGGAGCACUCGCCUCAGAGCAAGUGACUUGCGCUGACUCAUUCACACUCCAAUAGUGCGUGAUGAUGUGUACAGUCUUGUAAGGUGAGUCUAACCUUUGCGACUGUGGCCCUAAUCUUGCGUUGUGACCUUUGAAAUGAAAACUCUUCAGUAGAAUUUUCAUAAAGUACCAUUGUUUUUUCAGCAUUUGUGAUAUUAAAUUUUGUUAAUUUUGUUUACUUUUGAAAACAAAAAGCGUGAAUGAGCACUCGAGUAAUGUAGAAUUUGUUACUCUACCACUGAAUUUGCACCUACAUUAUUAUCCUGAGAAAAGAGCCGACAUUGCGCGAUGCAACUACAAGGCUCCCCACAAAAUGUCGCCUGAGAAACGAGUGCAGAAAUUCCAUGAUGAUGACGCGUCACUACCCAGAUCUAAGUAGCGCUUCUGAUUGGUCGAACGGCGUGGGAAGUUUGCUUUAACCUUUCAGAAGCACUACCCAGUUCUGGGCAGUGACGAGUCAUCAGUAUGAAUUUCUGCGCUCGUUUCUCAGAUGUCAUUUCGCGGGGAAACCAGUGGUGGUGCAAGGCUGUCAUUAAGAGGCGGGGACCGGGGAUUUCCCCCGGCUACUUUCAUAGGAAAAUAGAAGGAAAAUAGUACCAAAAAAAAACCCGUAGCUGUUUGAUUCCCCGCCUACUUGUUGUCUAUACCCGGCAGCUCGAAAUCUUGGUGACAGCCCUGGUGGUGUCGCGAAAUGUCGGAUGUUUUCUCAGGCUAAAAUAUUAUUUGACAUAUUGACGAAGGAUUUACAUUAUCUGCUUUUGUACCUAGAUUCGCUCACGUCAUCGCUUAUUCCCCUAAAGCCUUGGGAUGAUUCAUCUGGCGUCAUUCGGCCCACAGUUGAAAUAGAGGAGUUUUCACAAGCAUUUCCCGAGGCUGCUCAUCCGUACACUUCAUAUGUCAACAACCUCUAUGUCUACCCUCUCUCACUCAACUAUAGCAAUCAAAAAGUUUUCUCCAAGGUAAGUAAUUUACUGGUUAUAGAAAGAGCGUUCUUACUUGCUGCCUUUUGGGUUUCUUUACUUAUAUUCUUACAGCUCCAAAUUGACGAAACGAAUCGCGAAUGAAUCUCAAGCCCGUUUCAGAUGUCGAAUUUCAGGUCUGAAUCUAAUUUUAAUGAGCUACAACAACAGAUUUGGUUCAUAAGUAUUUGAUUCAAUACCUGCGAAUUUAAUCUCAAUUUUGAUGACUUAUUCGAGCUUAGGACUUCUGUUUUUCCGUUUGUUUUACAAGAUGAAGGUGAACUUUUUCCAAGAAAUCUAGGUUUUUUAACUGCCUUUAUUUAUUUUGUGCCUUUUAAGUGAAGUAUGGAGGCGAACAACCCCAUACCGGCGACCAGUGCAACAACCCUCAGAGUUGAGGGAUAGGCAUGUAUUGGUGAAUGUUACUGUUAAUUAAAACACAAACAAAGUUCACUUGUACUUCUUUAAAUUGCUUCCUUCCAGGCAAGAAAUAUUGCUGUAAAGAUUGAGUUCAGGGAUUCCGAUGAUGAAAAUACACGGCCGCUGAAGGUAUUAAAACUAAAGCGACAAUGCCCAAACUCUUUUAAAAGCACGGAGAAAAAAAAUUUCCUUGUUUAGUUAUUAUUCCCUGGAGAAUGGAGAGAUACUGGUUGUCGGUUAUGAAAUUCUUAGCUGUAAAUGCCUCAGUUGAAGGUUUAGACUGGCUUCGAACCGGAGCUAACAUCAGUGUCUUGCUGUAUUUUACUUUCUAGUGUAUAUACAAGAAAAAGGGCAACCCUGGAUUUACCACACACGUGGUCGCCGCUGUGGUCCACCACUGUACCAAUCCCACUUAUUACGAAGAGGUCAGUCAAACAAGACACAGACGGUUAAGAAAAGACAGAGACGGUUAAAAAAAAAACAAAACAAAACAAAACAAAAAACACACACAUACACCCAGACAUCGUCAUGUAGCCGUAGACCCAAAUGGGUAUUUUCAUAGGCGUGACUAAUUAACGCGAAAUGCCAGAAGCAAUGUGAUUUGUGUCGUAAUCUCACACAUCUAGCUGAGCAAGCCGAUUGGACUAGCUUGUUCCCAGGGUCCUCUGUCGGGGAGGUAGAGAGAGCUCUCUGGGAGCUCGGUGAGAUAAAGAAAAGAUGGCCGCCUAUGUGAAGUCACUUGAUUUCGCUUAGCAUUUUGAUUUGUUGAUUGGGCUACUGCGGACGAUCAAUCCUUUCGAACUGUUUUCAAUGCCAUAUGAAAGAUAACUCGUUUAAGAAGACCUUCCUCUUUACCUGUCAAUACGAACUGUUGGUUUUUCUCCUUCCUUCUGUUUUCGUCCAAAACCACUCUGCUUUACUUUCAACUUUUAAUUACGGUUACCAAAGAAAAACGUAAUUCACACUUGAAAGGAGAGGACAAAGCCAGGAAAGAAAAAAAAAAUUCCACUUGAAUUGCCUCUACAAUGUAUGUUGUCUUUGUGUGACUGGUUUCGUUGUUUGGUUUCAGGUCAAAAUCCGACUGCCUACUCGACUUACUGAGAAACAUCACGUGUUUUUCACGUUUCAACACAUCGCGUGUGAACAGACGAAAACUAGCAUUGGUACCGGAUCUAUGAAAGGAAAACCUCUUUCAAUAGAGACACCAGGUCUAUACUGAUAGUUUUGCAAAGUAAACUUAUUAAUAUCGCGUGUGAACAGACUAGAAAUAGCAUUGGUACCUGGUCACUGAAGGCAAAUCCUGUUGUAUAUAGAUACCCCAGGUCUAUACUGAUAGUUUUGCAAAGUAAACUAAUUAAUAUUGCGUGUGAACAGACCAGAAAUAGGAUUGGUACCGGGUCACUGAAGGCAAAACCUGAUAGCUUUGCAAAUUAAACUUAUUAGUAUCGCGUUUGAACAGACGAGGAAAAGCAUUGGUACCGGGUCACUGAAGGUAAAACCUUUUUCAAUGGAGAAACCAGGUCUAUACUGAUAGCUUUGCAAACUAAACUAAUUAAUAUUGCGUGUGAACAGACCAGUAAUAGCACUGGUACCGGAUAACAGAAGGCGAAACCUUUUUCAAUGGAGAAACCAGGUCUUUACUGAUAGCUUUGUCGAGUUAACUAAUUGCGGUGGAACCCGGUUAAUACGGACGCCAAGGGGACAUGAUAAGGUGUUCCCUAAACAGUUUUCGUUAAGGAAUGUCUGGAAUGUGACCGUCAAAACAUUAUACUGUGAUUUUCUUCGUUCUUUCAUUCUAGUGGGAUAUGCCUGGAUGCCAGUCUUACAAGGAACGCUGUAAGUUGUCGAACCAAUACCAGAUUAGGUUAACUCUUGCUUUUAUUUUCCGAUUAUUUAUUUAUGUAUUAAUUGUUACUUUUUUGUAGAAAAAAAAAACUGAUCUAAAAUAUUUCAAAACCCCCAUUGUAAUUAAAGUGAUAUUAAAAGUAAGUGUAACCGAUUCCAAGUCGCUUGAAAGCGUCAGAUUCUGUUAUGUCAGAUAAAUAUGACAUUUGUUCCCUUCUUUAGAGCAUAGUUCUACAAAGAGUACCGUAAUACAUGUAGUUAAUUGGUACACCCCUCCUUUUCUUAGCAUAAACACGGACGAAUGUAACCUCCUUGUUGGUCAAACAGCACCCAGUGGCUAUCUGUCUGCUUACUACGGUGGAAUGAAGAAGGUAGGCAUUGUAAAUUGAUGUAAGGUGAAAGAGAGAGCCCAUAUUAUGAUCUUCAUUCGUCGCAGGGUUUUUGCCAUUUUAGAAUCCACGAGUUAGGCGUCGAUGAGUGUCCAACCCCCUUUUUUUUUUCUCACAUGGAAACAUUUUUUGGCUAUCGACCUUAUCAAUUAGGCUUCUAACCAACCAGGUUAUAACUCCUUAACUCGAGGAGGAAGCCUGCUCUGGAAGUGUUGCUUUAGGUUCCGCCUUGUCAUUUUGUUCAUGUUUGUUAAUAGCGACCUCUUAACUGCAAAUAAGCAAAGCAUCAGACGGCUUUUUAUUGACAAUAGCACGGCUAAAAAACUCACUCCUUCCGAGAAACUUGGGUUUUAUUGAAAAAUUUAAGUGGAAGGGUUGGUAUAGGUAAAAGUAGUAAUUGUAGCCCAUCAAACUACUCAGUGAGGAUAAAUCCUUUUGUGUUACACACAUGUGAUUUGUUUCAAGCCCUGUCUUUAUGCUUCAUAUUAGGAAGUCCGAUCUGUAGAAUAGUCUUUACGCAGCAUCCUUCUACAAGUUUGCUAAGCCAUGAACAUUGCUUAAUUCAGCGUAUUAUUCCUUUUUUCUUGCCUUAACAGACGACUGGUCCUGAUUUAAAAUGGGUGGAUAAAGAAAAGCCGCUGUUUAAAGUGAGCAGCAAACUUGUUUCCACCGUCAACUCAGAGGUUAGUGGUGAAAUCACGUGAAAAAAAUUCUUUGAAACGUGUUCUGAAUCGAUAUACAUGGUGUACUUCGUCUGACUAGUAGCUUUGUAAAUAUUUCCUUAUUUCUUUAGGACCCUGAAGUAGACAACUUUUUCCGUCACUGUCAGAAGUUUGACGGAUCUCCUGCUGCAGAUAUUGAAAUGGUGAAGCUAUUAAAGGUACUGAGCAGAAUUAAUCUUGUAACAAAUACAAAGGCAAUAGUAUUUCAAUCAAGGUCGUGAUAAUGUAGCUUCAGUGUCAGCAAUGUUACGUUUGCGGUGCUUAGUGAAAGCGCUAAGAAGCUUUUGGUUGCGUUAUCUGACGGGGGGGGGGGGGGGGGGAGUACUGUAAACUGCCGCUUAUAAGCCCUGGGGGCCUUAUAAACGGAGGGGCUUAUACCCUAGGGGGCUUAUAAACGGAACAGAAAAAGUGUUUCGAAACAAGCUAUCAAAAUACGUUUUGUGAAAGUUUGAACCCAGAGUCAUUUCAUAAGUAGGUUGAGUAUGAUCGUCCAGGUGAACGUGGUCCUGAAUAGGACUGUUUUUGACAGUGACUACAUCAUGUUCACUCAGACGAUCAUACUCAACCUCCUUACAAAAUACCUUUUGACAUUUGUAGUCUACUGUAUUUCAACUAAGUUUCAUGAACAUCAUGUUAAAUCGAAUUCAUUUCAAUGCAAGGACGAGGGGGUCUUAUAUCCCAGGGGGAGGGGGAGGGGCUUAUAAUUGGGUGAAUGUUUUGUUAAGCGGUAAAUGCCUAUAACUUAAUCUAGGGUGUGGUUGGGGCGGUUAUACAUGGCAAUUUAUGGUAUAGUUUAUGGUGGUAGGUGCUGUUGAAUGGAUGACGGUGCUGAGAUUUGCUUGGUUCAAACAGCCUUUUCCUGUUGGUAAGAGAACCAUAUUUCGAACAAUGCACCAUAUUGUACUUGUAAUUUGACUCUUAUUUUUAUUCACAGGUCCUGAAUGCAGUUAACGUUAUAACGGUAGCGAGAUUCUUACCUGUUAUUUUCAAUCAGCUGUUUCACAUCCUUGUUGUCACUGGGAAUGAGGAAGUCUCGCUAAACACUGUCAGGUAGGGGCCUGGGAUUUAGUUGUGAUGUUAUUAGUCAUUUCCGCUUCAGUAGCAUCGGAUAUUUUCACAUCUCAAAUGUCAAAUCUUUAUUUUAACACGGUAAAAAUUCAUCAGGUUGGCUACAAUAUAAAGUACACCUACAUAAUCAUUUCUAAUAAUACUAAAUACGUAUCUAAAAAGUCUCUUCAGUUAAAAUAUCACCAUACUUUCACUAAACUAGACCUGUUUUCCAUAAAUGCCGUGUACCUAACGUAAUUAACUAAAAUGAAGGUUUAACAAUUGCUUAAAACGAUUUAGAGAUUUCACUUACCUUAGAUUGCAGGGUAGACUGUUCCAGAGAGUUGCACCUCUAUAGCUAAAGCUCCUUUUUAGUUAGUUGGUUCAAGCACGUAGUUGGUGUAACCUAUCAGAGAAUUUGUUUAAUUGCUAACACAACAUCAGGUUGAAAUGCAAACAAUAAAAACAAAAGAAACGUAGUUGAAAUGGGACACUGGAUUAAACUCAAAGCUCUUCAUGCCUGUGUGAGUCUUUGUACCCGAAAGACUGAUUUAGUCGAAAUACCGUGAGUCGUCUUCCGACUUCAAGUUCACUUUCUAAUAUCUUUUCAGUGCUCGAAACUAGCUUUUUUAGUCAGUUGUCCCGGGACUAGUAGUAGGUGGCAUCUACUAGUCCUGAAGGCAAUUCUACUAGUCCUGUCUGCCAUCCAUCAUCUGGCCACAAACAUGUAAUUCACACAUUAAAAACCAUAGUAAAGCAUGACUCACUUUUUUAAUUAUAAUGAUAAACACUAAUGAAAAGUAUACAUUGUAAUGUGUCUUUUAUCUUGAGUUUCUAUGGCUAAAAGAAAAUAUUUAUUGCUUCCUUUGCGGAAAGACGAAUUUUUGUUUUUACUGUUUGGCAAAUUUACACAAUACUGGCAAAACAUUUUCCCCUUCGGUUUCAUUGUAAACUAACCACACAAAAUCCUUUUUCCAAGCUGGUUUGAAGUCUCUAUCCUUCUUUGCCUUUUUCACUCCUGUUGGCUGGGAAUCACCUGCAUUAGCAUUUUCUUCAUAUUUCCUUUCUUCAUCUUCCCUGCCCCUUUUGAAAUAGCAUAACAAAGUCACAGCGCGAGAGGCCGCAUUUUUCACGAUGUUUUUUGGAGUUGCAUGACGUUUACACAAUUUGCAGCGGAGUGGACUGAGAACCAAACGUGGCCCAUUCCCUCACUGUUUACAAAAUGGCGAUUGUAAUGCGGACGUUAUGAGCGUAAACAACGUAAUUGAAAGAACAAUUUUAAAAAUAUUACGUGCUGAUUUAACAAAUGUGAAACCAAGAUCCACAAGCUAAAACUUCCACUCGUCCAUGAGAACGACUAACUCAAAAUUUUACUCGUUUUUUGGCUAAUUUUACUCGUUUUAGACGAGUAAACGACCGUUAGUUUCGAGCACUGCUUUUGGUGUUUACUUGCCUUUGUUCGUGCUUUACAGAGUACUGAUCAGACUGACGGCACAGCUGCAUGGUGCAAGCCGACUGGAAGCCCUAAAAUCUUAUGUCAAGGUUUGGCUUAUUUUUGGUAAUAUUUUUUAUUUAUUUUAAAUUUGUUUUAGGCCCUUUUUCACGAGUUCCGCAUGAGCUUGUCUAUCGUUGUACAAGGCAAUUGGAAAAAGAUGACGAAAACAUAAUCUCAUGAGUUUUCAUGCAUUUUCCUUUCCUUGAGGAGUGUUCUCUUGGCGGCUUUGUCUGAAAACCGUUUGUUCGGUCGUAAUUACUCUGUAAUAUCCGCAAGUACUUUUAUAGUCAGCAUUAAUGUGUAUAAAGUAUUCAGUUGGUCCUGGGUCUUUUUUGUCCGUUGUAGAAUACAUUUUCGUAUUCCCACCACUCCCCCUCCGGAAAAAGUCAAUUUCAGGACAAAAAUUGCUUUUAUGUACUUAUCCGCUGCACUCUGCAUAAUUUUUAACUCUGGUUGUUGCAGUAUGUGUUUGUUACUGAAACGACGCCAAACAACUCAAGGACGAUCCACGAACAGUUGUCUAAAUACCUGAUGGCUAAUCUGAAACCUGGGGCUGACCCAGCUGUGGUCAAUGAUUUCAUGAAGGUAAGGCAGUAGUUGAUCCAUUGCUGAAAAGGAGCUGUGUCACUGCCAUUAAAGGAGUUGUGUUACGAAAUUCAGCCAAGUUAGGUAAUACAAAAUGCCCGUUAAAUCCAAGAGAAAUAUACAAAUAACCGCUUAAAACGUUAAAGGAAGGUUAAUAUAACACAGCAUAAACAAAAGAUGCCGCGGAUGGGCAAAACUGAAGAAGAUUAAAACGGAUUGAAAUUAAAGUUUUUGAAAACUGUUCAGCCUAACAGUUUUUCAAAGGUUAUCUCUGCUGUUUGCAACUUCAAAAAUAAUGCUCAGGAGACAUAUUUGUUUGUCAAGAAUCUCUGACUUUGUCAUUUACAUGUAGUUUCUUUGCUUACUUUAAGUUCCAUAGCGAUUGAGGGCAAGUAAUUGGCAAAAUUAAGCAGAAUAGACUACUGUGACACAGCCCCUUUAAACUGAAUUGAAGCUAAAAAGAACUGCUCAAAACGUUAAAAAAAGGUACAAAUAACAGAGCAAAUACCGAAUAGGAGGAGCAGGUGGACAAACUUGAAAAGGACUGAAACAGAUUGCAAUUACGGUUUUUAAAAACUUGUUAGCCUUACAGUUUUUCAAAGUUCAUUUUUGUUGUUUUGUAACGUUUGAUUAUGGGUCUUCGCGUAAUAAAUAUUUUAUUCACUCUUUUGUUUUUAAGCUUUCGUGGUUUUUCUUUGAGAUUAUCGUGAAGAGCAUGGCACAGACCCUUGUUCAAUCUGACAAGCUAACGGUAAGAAAACUUCUUUAAUAAAUUACCAUCCAACACCAUCCAAUGAUAGGCAAACUACAGUCAAACCCCGUUUGUACGGACACCCGCUCAAUACGCUAGCGGACACCUCAUUAUUACAGACAGUUUGCUUUGUCCCUGGGGAAAGAAAGCCCUUACAUUUUCUCUAAAUUCAACCUGCUUAAUGUGGAAACUUUCUAUGGCCCCCUCAAUUUCCGUAUUAACAGGGUUUGACUCUACCUUUCUUACACCCCGCCUCAUUAGGGGACAGGUUGCUUGUAUGUAAUCCAUUAUAUCUUACUUUAAUUAUAAACUCUUUUUUCUAUAGAGGAUGAACCGGUUUAGCUGGUUUCCUGAAAGCUACAACCGCUGUUUAGAGAAUUUCCUCCAAGCCUUCGUUCCUCAGAUAAUCAGCCGAUUGAAGGAUCAGCCUCAGAUAGCCAAGGUUUGUGCAUCCGUAGAGGUUGAUGCCUAAACGAGAUAAUUAUCGUAGAAGCCUUUUGAGGAGAAUAGUUUUGACCCUUCUUCUUGUUGUAUCUUCUCAGGAAGCAAAUUUCCAUUUAGCCUGCUUUACAAAGGUAUGUUUUUUUCCUCUGUUGGACAACGUUUAGCUCUCUUCUCCUUCCCGUGCAGAAAUCCAGAUAGCGUAACCAGCAUUGGUCAAAAGUCUUUGGCAAGUGUUUCAAGAUUAACUCUUGCGAAGCAAAUCCUUGGCUCUGUUUCAGUGUUUUUGUCGUUGUUUAACGGAGACAAUCAUGUUUUGUUGUGAUCAGCCAUUUUGGACUAUACCCUACAGAUCCUGCUAACAAAACCAUGCAUGAUAUCCUAUAAUCAUCCUAAAGACCCUUCCACCUGUGUUUUUUUUGUUUAACUUGUGACCGGGACCAGAAAUCGAAAAUUUGUCAACACGUCUAAAAGGAAAGCGUUAAAAUUAGUCAAGAUUCCAAGAUUAAAUGUGGUGAUUGGUUGAAAACUAACGGAGAUAGAGCUCCAUAAAGUCACCGAAUUUUACAGAUGUUUGUAUGGUGGGGCGAGUUCGUGCCCAUACAAACAUUUCUCGACUUUGUGGAGCAAUACCUUCUCUCGCUUUAAAGGUAUCACCUUUAAAUUGGGUAAGUUUCCUUAUUUUACUGAAGGUGCUGUUUCCAACAGUGUUAAUAGUCAGGUCUCUUAAGGUCAGGAUCGUUACAGAGCUGACAAAAGCACCAAACUUUGCACAGCGAUAGCUUAUUGCAGUACCAUGAAUAUUAGAGGGGGUGCCCAAUGCAAAUAUGCCACUGAAGCGUGCUAAACAGGAUUUAAUUAUUGUAAAUUUCACCUGCUGGGAUCCCUGUGGUGUUUUGAUUGAAAAUUGUUAUUUAAUACCUUAAAUCACUCUGAAUGCUAUUCCCAUGUUGCAAACAACAAUUUCACUUGAACAUCUGGCAUUCCCAUCCAUUAUUAGCUUAUUGAUUGUAUAAUUAGGUUGAUUAUUACUGUGCCCUUAAAGCAAGUCCACAGUCCGCCCACGUUUUCAUAAGUCAUUUCUAAGAUGGCCUCGUCUUUGCUUCAUAACUUGCAAGUACUCAGCUUCUGGGGUUCUCUUCUCUUUUUCUAAUGUACUUCAAUUAGAGGAGGCCUUAUUGAGUGGCUUAAGUCUUAUUUAUCAAGUAUUACUUGUCAUUACAUGUCACUUUAAGCUAAAGAAAGCGAAUGGCAUAGCGAUUCACACACAAAAUUUCAGAAAAAAGAAAUUGUCAAAGAGUCUGUUGUACCACAUAUGAUCAGGGAUUUAUGACAGCUAUUCAAGAAGAGCAAAUAACGAAAUAACAGAACCCAAAAUGGUUCUUUCCUAGGGAAGUAAUUAAUUUUUCAGCUUAACAUAGGCCUGGAUGCCUUUCAGUCUCUCUUUAUCCAGUUAUCUGCUGGACGCAAGUGCAAGUUUUGACAGAGAAGCAAGCACCGUGGCACAAGUCAUAUCAUUUACAAUUCCCGCAGUUUGUCUAAGCUUUACAAAGCAAAAAGAAACAAAAAAGAAUCUGGUCUCAUAAACGAAAAAAAGAAACAAGUUAGCCGAAGCUUCAAAAAACAGCACAGUUUAUCAUGAAGCCUCUACAUUUGGCACUGAAGCACUCAUGUCCAAAAAUAAUAACAGCUUACCAAGUCGUAAAAGUGAGACUCAAGUGAUACAAGAUUGACUCAAAUGAUAAUGGUGAAUGGUUUAACUGCUGAAACUGUAGAAAGGGGGCCGGGCUAACUUUUAGGGCCUGUUUAAAUGGAGGAGGGGGACCCCGGGUAGGCAUGGUAACCCACUUAGGUGGGGCAACCCGCCGACCCAUAUAAUCUCUCCUGUUCAUUUGAUCACGUUUACAUGAUAGGUGGGGUCACCCUUCAAGGUGGGUAGCCCGGUCUGCCACACCAGGUAACCCUCUCAGCUGAGGUCAAAUUUUGCCAUGUCAACGUUUCAAGGUGAGGUAACCCAGGCUAGUCGGGGUCGGAUUCGUGACACAUCAAAUUCGCGCAAAAUUCACUUUGGCGCCGGUUGGCUUCACAUAAUUAUUAAAGGUAACAAUAGAAAGCCACAACACCGAAGGUUGCAGCAAGUGAGCGUAGACGCGGUUUGUCAGCAUUUUUCUUGUUUACGUGCUUAGCGACCAUUCAAUAAUCUUGAGAAACUGCACCCCAGGACGGCGGGGUUGUAAGAUUGCAUGUAAAGGGGGCUUAUUUUUUUACCCCACCUAAGCAGGUUACCUCACCUACCUGGGGUCCCCCUCCUUUAUGUUAACAGGCCCUAAGUCUCAGGAACCGUGAAACUGGUAAUAAACGGUAUAUCUAACCCGGGACUAGCUGUGAUACUACUUCCAUUUUCAAGAACGUCAGCAUAGCAGCCAAACGAGCCAUUAUAUCGGUGUAACACGAAUAUUAAUUUGCGGUUGUUUCAUGCGUCUCGUUUCGUGACUUUUUUUGUGUUCGUUUUUGUCACCCCUACUAACAAAAUAUUUCGUAAAGCUCUUUAGAAUGAUAUUCAGCAAUAAAAACAAGGUGUGACCAGGAGCCGAUUUCUAGGCUCGUGGUGUGGCAACAUAGGCAUCAUUGAAUGCAAAGUUUUGCAGUAUGUAAUCUGUCAGAAAUCUGUUUGAGUGGUCAAAGUUGGGACUGAUGGGCUUCUUUAUCAUGACCACUCCAUUAUUAUAAGAGACCAGGCCAUAAUUAUUGUUGACCCUUGCUUUUUUUGGUAUUUUCUGUAAUUUUCCACAGCAUUAUUUUGUGAAAAGCUGGUAACUGAAUUGCUCUUUAGGAAUUCAUGAUCGUAAGAUUUCGUAACCACGGGGUAUUCGCCUAAUUGCAUCAAACACAUUACAUUCAUUUUCAUAAAUGAUGCAUCACUGGUUGGCUAAAAGAGGCCUUGUUCCUGUAAAUUUCAGCUCUUCUGAAGUUAGUUUGUUUGUAAAUUGUAACGCACGCGACGACCUUCCUUUGUUUUGAAAGAUCGUAUAGACCUACCACUAACACUCUAGUCCAAGGGCUCUGAAGUGAAUGAGCCGCUUACAGGUGUCUAGGCAUGCAGGGACCUCAUACACUUCUUUUUAAAUGCAAAUGUGUAAAAAACAAACCGUGUUAAAAAUUCCUGGAGAGGCAUGUUUUACAACCUCGUCCCAAGGGCUUAAUAAAAAGGUAGAAAAACUUGAGGUCGACGGUGCGCUCCUUUUACCCCCCUCUCUCCAUUAAUUUUCCGUUUUAAGGGUAUUUAGAGCUAGUCAAAGCUACACAGAAAGGAGAGAAGUUGAAAUAAGGAUGUGUUGACACCGGGGAUCGAACUCGGGACCUCGCACACCGAAGGCUGCGCACUAACCAACUGUGCCACCCUUGCUCCUCCUUUUCCUCCUGAGGACGAGUUUGACAUGUUUUAAUCAUUAUCUCAAGGACAGGGUUACCAACGAAGCAAAUUAUAAUCUAUUCUUAGCUGCACAAUUACAAAGUUGGCGCGUUGUCAGUUACGGUUCAUGAGGUCGAUCAUGUGGCAUGUCAAACUUUCACGAUUCUGUCGUUUAGGAUGUGAUACAUUUGAGUUUUAUGUUAUUGUGUCACAUCUUUGAAAGCUGGCUUUGUGAUUUGUUUAAAUUGAUAUGUAAUGAUAUUAUCACUGGCAAGUCUUAGCAGUGACACUGAUAGCCGCAAAGGACGCACAGUGAACAUAGCCACAUUUACCGUGUGGAGACUGGGCACUAGUCAGUAUUAUGUACAUGUAAAACUAUUUUGAGUAGUGUAACAAGAACUAAACAUUACCAAAUUAAAAACUUAAAAAUUUGAAACAAAAGUUUUUUUGCCAAAUCAAACAAGAAGAGUACUCACCACAGGGCACCCAAUCUGCUAUUAUAGGUGGAAGUUAACCCCCCUUUUAUCUGUAAUUAGGACCAUUUGUAACGGGCACCCCCUCCAGUAUUAAUCGGUAGGUGCGAAGAAAGCUCUGUGCCAAAUUUGACACUUUUGUCACGUCUGUAACGAUCCGGCCUAUAUUUUGCACUAAGAGACCUGACUAUAAGGAUAUUUGCUGACUCAAUUGGGGUGGAAGGGUCCAUUGGAGCACGGGAUUUAACUUUUCAUUUUGGUUGUAGAAUACAAUAUCUAAAUCAGUCACACUGUUUUGAAUCUAUCUAUUUCAGGACUGUUUUACUUAUCUGGACCGUGGAUUUGUCUUUCAAAUGAUCAGCUAUUAUUCUGAACAGUUCAAGGAUUCUGAUACACAGGUAAUGCUCUGUUGUACAUUAACUACAUCUAAAUGAUUAUAGUUUUGCUUAGUUGUACUUGUACUAUAAUCUGCUCAGGGUGUGUUCACACUGUACCGGAUAGCUUUGGCGCCGGCACGAAAACCAUUCCAGACAGGGCUUCUAUUCACACACAUAAGAACCGUGAUUUCGACGCGAUAUUCUGUACGGUCGAAUUGGAAUUUAGAAGUGUUUGUUCAGCCUCGUACCCAGGCCUGUUCGCGCUAUCCGAAUGACCAGAGGAGGUUUGGAACCGAGCGCGAUAGCGUCCUAGGCGAAUUUUCCCGACAAGCUUGACAGGUGACGUCACUUCCGAAAUCGCCGAGGACGACUGGGAACGAGGCUGGUGUUUGUUUUUUAGUAGAGGAAAAAAACGGAGUGCCUGGAGAAAAACCUCUGGUAGCAAGAAAGAUAACUAACAACAAACUCGACCCACAUAUGCUGUCGACAUUGGGAUUCGAACCCGGGCCGCACGUUGGUGGAAGGCGAGUGCUGUCACCACUGCGCCACCCCACCCUUGCCCCAGCUCCUGUUAUGUGCUAGUUUGAAAGGCAAAGCAUUUAUGUGAUUUUAUUUCGUUUCCUUUUAGAUGUUAGAAUUUAAAUUCGAGUUUCUGCAAGUUGUCUGUAAUCACGAGCAUUACAUUCCACUCAAUCUACCUUUGGACGUCAGAGGUAAGCUAACUUGCGUCACUCUUUUAUCUCUUUAUUGGUGGUGCUUACUGAACAUCUGUAAUAUAUUUCCCAGGACUCGUAAUAAAGGAGUAAAAUUUGGUCGAAUGUCUCCAAUACUACUGCUCAGCCGAAGCCGGAGCACUCGGCUAAGUGCUCUCCACUCCUUUUGCAAACUUGAUUGGCUGAAUAUAAGGAAGGGUCUUCCCAGUAGUGGCUUCGUUAGCGACCAGUUCACGCAAAGCUGGUUCAUCAAAGAAGCUCUACAAUAAUACUUAACUGGCGUUUUUAAAUUGUCCCUUCUACUCGCCACCGUGAAUGAUGAUUUACCUUUAUUUGUUAAUUUUUGCCUUCCUAUAGCUCUUGGCGGUGUGCACGACUCCGAGUUGACGGAUGAUUACUGCAAGAGAUAUUUCCUGGUGGGACUGCUAUUAAGAGAGGUAACAAUAUACAGAUGCUGUGGCAGUAGACUAGUAAUUUUACAGCAGGCUGUCGAUAAAUGUUUAAUGUCCAAAAUCGGUAGACAAAAUCCCUUGGAGGUAACUUUCCCAAAGGAAUUUAAACGGCAUGUUUAAGAGCUCAAAGUUGGAAAAAUUUAAGCAGUCAUAGGAGGCGAACAUCAAUUUGUUCGUUAAUCAUUGAUACUCUUUUUUGAAGCCACUGAAACUGUUUUGCUCAAGAAAGCUAUAUUUCAAAUGUUUUUGACGGAUUUUAUCUAGUUGUCGUAUAUUUGCAAGAUUUUUAGCAACUUUCUCUCCUUCUUGUCCGCGAAGACUCAAAUUGUAAACCAGACCCAUUACAAGCGUUGAUGGGAUUGGCUGAAAUUUGUCGGGGAACUCUAGACUGUGGAUGAUCGAAUUUUUAAUUAACAUUGACGGUCUCGCGAUAGUUAUCUACAAAGGCAAGAAAACGAAAAGUUUGGCUCAAUUUGGAAUGCUGUUGAUCACUUUCAGGGGUGUAGCGUAGUUUCAGUUACAUGCAGUUCAUCUACGUUUUAUGAUUUAUUUAUUCAUUUAUUAUGUAUUUGUAUAUUAUUUUGUGUAUUUUCGUGAGCAUCUCUUUUUAUUCGUUAUAUCCCAGAUCUCCUCAGCCCUUACACAGGGUCGUCACAUAAGAAAGCUAGCUAUCAGAGUUUUGAGGAACAUGCUAGUGAAACAUGAACUCGAUGACCGCUAUGAGGGCGAGGUAAGUUCCAACUACAACUAACACGCAUUGCUAGCCAGCGAACAAAACGUGCGAUUUAUUUUCGCAGUCAUGUGAAGAACAACUCUCUCAAUUGUGGUCAGUCUCUGGUGAAUUUCAGUCUUGUAACCAUACAAACAGUGCUUCUCAAGACUUGCAGUUGACUGGUGAUUAAUGGCUGAUUUAGCAACAGAACUGGAACGUCAGUUGACGACGGGAAAGCACGCAGAAGGGACUAAACACGACUUCCGGUGUCCAAUUUGCCGCUCUGCCACUGGUCAAGCUACAAUAGUUGUUCGAUUUUCGGGGGCCGUCGUCAACUGACGUUCCCAGUAUGUUGUUGAAUCAUGCAACUUUAAUUUCCUUAACUCGACGGUUAACUUUUUAUAACUGUAAUGCGUUAGUUAAAGCUAGUCUAUUGAAAUUUUUAUUUUUAGGUUUUAAUCACUGUAAUGUGCAACUGAAAAUUUUUACAUUGGCAAGGCUGUGCUCUAAGAAAAAUUGAAAAGAGCCCAGACUUCUGAACCUGUGAAAUCCAGGGUACACAGUAUAUGAAUUAUAAUAUUUUAUGAAGAAAGUAAGAUUUUCUAGUCGCCCAGGAGCAAAAGUUAGACACAAGGGACCACCGCGCUCUACUAAAGCACAGCCUUGAUUGAUAAUUUCAUGGCGCAAUAUAAAUCUAUUAUUAUUGUUAUUUGGUAUUUAUUCCUUUCUUGGGCUUGUGAUUUGUUUAUGAAAUCUUUAUAUGCUGCUGAAUUAACGGCCUCUUAUUUUUGUCGCCAGCAAAAACAAGCCCGCAUUUGUACCCUGUACCUUCCCCUUCUGUCUGUCCUUCUGGAUCAUACUCCUCGUUUCCAUGGCAGCAAGUACGACUUGUCUGGCCCAUUCGUCACGCAAACGUCCCAAACCUCCUCGACAAUGAAUGUUCCUAACAGUGAGUUUGGCGCGGAUUCCAAUCGCAGCUCAAGCUAUUCUGCCGCUUUGAAACAGAGUCCGAGUGAAUCGCUGACCCCGCAGUCGGCUGCACCGCUGAGGGAGGCCACACAGAUCGCUUUGCAGGUUCCAUUGGAUGAGGAUGAGACGAAAGAAUUGCUGUUGUGUGCGCUUUACAUCUUUAAGAAUUUAGAACAAGGUAAGUACAGUCUAUACUCCCAGAGGGGGGUACUUUGGUUACUUUUUGCUGGGCAUGUGCGGCUGGCCUCUCAGAGCCCCUACCCCAUUAUAAUCUAUUCUGUGGCCAAUUAUAGAUCCCAUCUUAGUCUUUUUUCGGCAAAUAUGUAAUUUUCGCCAACCCAACUUAGCCACUUUCUAUUUUUAUGAAUUGACCCAUUGUUUUAGAUUGAAUGAAGAACAUUUUACUUUUCAUCUACAGUAUAAACAUUCUGGUACGUUUGCUAACCGUAAAUAUGAAGAACUGUUUUAACCCAAAAUAUCCGAAAAUGUGCGACCCCAUUAUAGUCAAUCCAGUCGUGAAAAUGCGGCCCCAUCCAGCGGCACAUCUCCAUUCGCCUCUUAUAAGGAAGUACCCCCCUCCCUCUGCCACCCCACCCCGGGUGAGAUUUAGUCAAGGCCAAAGCGAAGCUCUCGUGAGAUCUUUUAAAAUAAAACAAAUAGAUAGUAAAAAUUAAAUCAAUCCAUCUUGCAGCGAAUUCUAAGCAGGCACUCUUUGCUAGAGUCCACUUGAUGCUGAGGUGUGUUCGCUAAAUACAUGAAUAUACAAUCUUACUAAUGCGCAGGUCCGCUUAUCACGAGGCACCAUAUAAUCUAUUUGUUUGUGGUAUUGAGAUAUCUCAACUUUCCACUUGCUAAUUACCGCGGUUUUAUGUUACAAUUCAAUUUUAUUCAGGUGUAAUCCUCGAUUGGUGGCGACAGAUUCUCUCCUCUUCACUGAAGCGUCCUCACUGGCAUCCUACGGUGUUGUACCUCAUUCACCAAGAUAAGAACUACGCCAAGUUUGCAGCAAUUAUAGACGUCUUUGAUUUGCUUGAGUAUGUCAUUACAAAAUCUAUUGCUGGUUUGCACGUGACGUCACGGCGGCCAUCUUGGUGGUCAAGAACAAAAGCAUCGUUCUCCUUUGGAACUUAACUCCAUUUUCAUGAUAAUUCUUCGAAAAAAAAUUCUAUUGUAUUGACCGCAAUUAUAGACUUAUUGUAUUGACCGCAAUUAUAGACGACCACCAACAUGGCCGCCUCAUCACGUGGUUGCAAACCGAAAAUCUUCUUAGCUGCAAGUAUAAGAAGAGGUGUAUGUACAUGUAGUAACAUGAAAUGCCAAGUUAGGUUGUAGCUGCUGGCCUGAAAGCAGCAAAUCCUCUCUGCAGCCGUCCCUUGAGUGCUACGCUAAGAACAAGCCUCCCAGGCAGACGGAGGGGGCGCGCGAGCGAGCUGCGAUAACCUCAAGGGGCCGUCGCACUCGCGUCUUCUUUUGCGUGCUACUCUCUCGUGUCUUCUCGCGACUCCCCCAAAUUGAUAGCUUGCUCGUAGGCUAACGUUCUGAGGGCUUCGUCAGGCGUCCCUUCCCGGACUGCGUGACGAGUCAGCAGAACUUCUUCGUGGGAGGCUAGCAAAGAACGGCUGCAUAGGGAAAUAGAAAGCAUAAGGUGCGAAGGCGGACAUCAUAUAGGCUCGACUGCGGACAGGUUUAUUAAAGGUUAGUUAACAUGAAAUUUGAAAGUUCUUAUUCUCAACCUUCCAUUUGUCUCUCCUCAAUGAUAGAUCGCGUCUUGCCCUAAGGAAACGAUGUUUGUGUUUGUUGUGUUGUUAACAUUUUCCUUCCUUGUUUUAAGCGGUUUUUUUUUUCAGUGUCUUUCAUGGCUGAAUUUGUCCUGCUAAUUGAGAGAACAAAAUGCACGUUUCAUUUGGAAUGGUCUGUGUAAUUUUGCUUAGUGAGCGUUGGACCAUAACGCCCGCGUUGCUUAUUGCGAAAGUAAUUUUCCUGACGCCUCGUGAUUCACAGGCGAUAGUAGUCGAUGCUAAAACUUCCAAAGGUCAUACUUGACAGGAAAUCAAACCGAGUAAGCUUUUGUUGCAGCGAACCGCAAUACACCUUUAUAUCGUACAUCACAAAAACGUCUUGGCAUUGAAAGAACAAUGUCGUGAGUGGAUCAUUUGGUUUUCAUACUUUCAUAUUUAUAGUUGAGCUUUGUUGUGUAAACCAUUUUAUUUUUCAUACUGUUGCUUUCCAGGCUCGCCUUGAAGCACUUUCAGUACGCUGGAAAAGAGAAGAUUACUUCUCAAAGGUAAGUGUCCUUAUCUUAGAGCACCCAGUGUUCUGUCAUAAUAUAAAUGUCGUCGCUUAAGGGCUAUACAAUGGAGAAAAUGGCGGAGAGGAGCGAAGAACAGGAAGGUCGAAUUGUUUUGCAGCCUAGUGUGAUAUCUGCAUUCCUGUCCAGUACAAGCUGAUGCACGAGUCACGGCUAGUCACACGAUGGGGACAAAGUAUCAGCACCGGAGUAAGUCUGACCUCGUUCCCAGGGUACGAAGAGGCGAAAAACCCUGGGAACAAGUAUGGAAAAAGUGUGAAAGAUUCGCGCGCAGUCUGGUUCCUCCCGCACCAACACUGAUCGCGCGAUCAUUACUGAGAUACGCAAGAAAGCUAAAUUGCACUUUCUAGAAUUUUAAGUUGCCAUGGUAAAAAAGGACAAGUAUUUUGACAUUACGUGAACUCAGUCUGGGUUUUCUCUGCCCAUACUUUAAACAUGCAGUCAUUUCAAUCGCAUCAAACAAUAUUCAAUUUAAAACUUGUCUAUUAAACUUGCAUGAAUUUAACCGUGCAUAAACGUAAACUACACACAUUACGUCUAAUAAAUAUUAACCUCGUACGUUUUGUACUUUAACAGAUGGGUUGAAUAUCUCAAAGCUCAAUGGCGUCCAUUACCCACCGCAAAGUAUGAAUGUGUAUCGUACAUGUACUUUCAGGAAAAUAACAUUAAUUUAAUUUAAAAAUCAUUUCUUGGAAAUUACUUUAAUGACUUCAAAUAACAACUCAUGAUCUUAACAAAUCGUUGAUAUUAUUCAGCAAUUGUAAAGAAUAAAAGCUCUUAAAGGAUCUUCAGAUCUAAACGUCGCGUACUGUUUACUGAAUUUUACUCUUUACAAUAAGUAAGAAUAAACUGAAAUAACCAGUAAUCUUACAUAGGUCCUGUUUAAGUUAACAAGUGACCCGUGAAAGCGUUUAAUUAUCGUUUUCGUACUUUGCCUAUUCUUUACUUUACUCGUUUCAUCUCAUCCAUUGACACUCCUUAAAGUAGUUAUCCAGCGACGUCCUCUUGAAUUUCUUUGAUUUACCGUAAUUUGGGGGGGAAAUAAUUACUGUAUUUACUCGAAUAAAUUUCCACGCUUCAAGUGCGGUGCUUAUUUGAAAGCUGAACGCGACGGAGAGUUGUUUCUUUUAAGUUACCGGUAUUAUAAUUUUCAGUAACUAUAACUGACUGCACUGACUUCAGUGACUAUAAUUGACUGCACCGGGCCUUGGUACUUAUUCGCGUAAAUAAGGUAAACGUUGUUAUUCAUCCUAUUCUCAGCACAAACAGUGAAACAGCCAAGCAGUUUUUUGAGCAAAAAUACCAGGGAGGAGCUGCCAGUCAGAGUAAGGUCCAUCAUUCCAGAGUAUCCAGUAGCGGAGGUAAUGAUCUUUUCUUACUUCAUGAUGAUCGCUUACUCUUGUCCCGGGCCCUUGGAAAGUUAAUCUCUGGGACUUCGUCAUAGCAGUUUAGCGGAUGAAUUUCUUCUGCAAGACAAAUUUGAAGUUUUAUGACAAGUACAAUUCGACCUUUGAUCCUUGCCUGAAUUUCAGCCACCUACUCAUCUCGCUAAGUCACUCGGGAGGUGACUCCCCGAAGGACUUAGCGAGGGAAGGAGGCGGCUGAAAUUCAGGUUAGUGUGUCUAAGACUUAACUCUCUCCUUCAUACAGGCCUCUGCUGGGUAUUCGAAUAGAUUUAAAUGAAGAUAUGAUACGUCGCAGUGGUAAUUGCAAUUUAAGCAAUUGCAAAUUAAAAAUUUGGGGGGGGGGGGUUAAUUUGCAAUUGCUUAAAUUAUACGAAAUUUUUUUUUCGUUAAUAUGCAAGUGCUUAAAUUUCAAUUGCCACUGCGAUGAUCAGAUCUUCAUUGAAAUUUGUAUUUCCGCAGUUCACGUCAUCAUUCUAAAGUAGAAAUUGUAUAAAACUGAAAAGGAAGAGCGCAGCACUGUAGCGCGCAGGUUGCCCCCUUGCACUUUCCUUUCCCCUCCACCCAGCUUCUCUGUGACACGAAGAGGCCUUCGCAGUGGAGAGGAGUGUUUUCCCUAAAUUGGUGACCAGGUCCUUAUAUCUGAAUCUGGCUAAAUUGCGUGACACAGCGUCUUAAAGGAGACAUUUGUUGCGGUCAUCCACAGCCUUAUUACGCAGGAUUAACGCUUUUUGCGGCGGAAAACUAAAUGAAAAUGAAAAUGAAAAUGAAAAAUGAAAAUGAAAAUGAAAAUGAAACUAUCUACUUUAUGUAUUGAGCACUGUUUUACGGAUUUCAAGUUCAAACCUCUGAAAAUGAAACUGUGUGUGUAAUUUAUCGUAAAACGUAACCAUGGGAACGUCAAAGAGAUGAAAGGAGCGACCAUGACAGCUCCAUCCUUUAUUUUUCUCUGAAAGGUAUAAACAUGGAUGUUUGUACUCGAAUUCUGAUGGAGGGAAAUCUCGCAAAUGAAGUCGGUCUCAUUGUUUUGGACACCAUUGAACUAUUCUGUGGUCACUUUAAGGUGAGUGCACUCAUCGCUUUUUUAUUUUAGGCUUAUUCAACCUCAAAGUUCUUUGGCAAAUCAAAUCUUAAUGCAUUAUUUUAAAAUUAUUUGUUUGUUUUCAAGUUUCACUUGGAACAAGAGGAAGGUGACAAUCUCCUGAUGAAAAAGGUUUGUCUAACUACUGUAUUUGCUAUGAUUCAGAAAUUUGACAGUUCGUCUUGUACAGCAUAAUAAACAGAACUUCAGGAAUGUUCUGCUCUGUAGUUUUCAGUCAAUAAUUAUCUUUUUCCACUGACUUAAAAGUUAAAACAAAUGUCAUUUGUGGUCCAUUUGAGUUAAUACUCCAGGGAAUGAAAGAGUGAGUAACAUCUUCACACUGUUACAACCCAUGUGUUUUCUAUGUUCAGGUGUUCAGCGUACUGAUAAGCUUCCUUCAGAUUCCUCAAUCAGAGUUUAUGAUGAAACACGUGUUUGCAAGCCUCAGAUCGUACAUCAACAAGGUAAACUGCCCGAUCAAUACUGAUCACUUAUAAGUUUCGGUUUUACUGAUAUAGAAAGAAAGAAAAAGUGCAUGAUGAAUAUUGCCCAAAAGGUAGUAACUAUGUAAAACACGCUACGGCCUGCGCCACUUGAUAAACGACUAGAAGGGAACUUGAACCGAAAUGCGUCCCGCAAGUGUUUCUGGGAUUGUUACUGAGAAAUCUUGCUGGUCAGCUAUUGGUGAAUUUUUUUUCGCUGUCCCUAGUAACAUUCCCAGAUGUCUUUGCAAACGUUGACUGGGCCCAGUUCCCUUCUCGCGCGGUUUUUCUCAUACUGUGUUCUUGUAAAAUAGAAUAUGUCCAGUCACCAUAGCCAGGGAGUUUGGUGUGGAUGUUGUGCCCGUGAUCACUUCGACUGAACAAAGCUUUUCUGUAGAUUUUUGUAACUGUCAAAACUUUUGGUUACCUUACUGAGUAACCAAGUAGUUUUAUUGCGUGAUUUAGUAUUUAGAGUGUUUGUUUUUCGUCUUUUUUCUUCUUAUUAUCAUUUUUGACAUUUGCCAGUUCCCAGCUGCUCUGUACAGGGGUAGUGCAAGUUACUGUGGUGAUCUUUGUAAGGAGGUAAGAUGGAUAAUGUGCUGGAAGUACUUUCUUUAUAAUUUUUUCGGGUAUAAAUAUAAUGUUUCCCUUAAUAAAGUUGCUGUUAUAAUAAGGAUAGUAAUUUAAAAGUCUGUAGCCUCUAAAUCGUAUCAUUUGGAGUCAGCUUGAGUUAUCACGUAUGAUGGAAGUGUGUGUAAUAGUUCGUUCCUAUUAUUGCCGGUUUAACUGUUCUUCGAACAUGGAAAACUUCAGGGUAAAGUAGACAGGAUUUCUUUUUCCAGUAUUGCAAUGGAUAAAUUUGAUGAUAAACUCGGGAAAAAUAAUAAUGAAUUAUGAAAUUCUGUAAAACUUAUCUUCGUUUAUUUAUUCUGUACCGUAAUUAUUAAUGCAUAUGGGGAAAGGUCAUGCCCGUAUCGAAUGUUUUGAAUACUAAAUGAACUCAGUCUGUCUAAUAUUUUAUGUCAGUAACAUCGUGCGAUUUUCCAUUAAAAAAACACCGAGGUUUGCCGCUUUUAUUUGAUCCAUUAGCUUCUGUCACUAUAGAGGCGUCAUAAAGUAUAUUUACAUCCCGUACUUUCCUGUCUUAUUUGAUAUAUUUUAUUAUUUCUAUUAACACUUAAAAGGCAAUUAUCUGUUUGAAUGUUAUGGUGAACUCCAUUGUACGCAGUAUUUGUCGCGAUAUCGACGGUAGAAGAUUUCUCCUUCAAUGUAAGGACCGGCAUGGUUAUAAAAUCGGUGACUCCCCUGAUGUCGCGUCACUUUUCUCGGUGGAUGUGAAUUGCUUCAUAAUUUGUCUCCUUGAUGGUGUUGUAACAUCAAAAAGAGAAAAAUAACUUUGAUCACUCUUUCCUCGUCAGUCUCGGUAACGUUUUUGAAUCAGUUUUAGAAUGGGUGGUAUGGGUAAACGGCGUGCUCUAUUGAUAUUUAGUGUAUUAAGCUUUCGAAGCAACAGAAACAUCCUAGGCUACUGAGUACUCCAACUACGCUUUCUUUCUUUUUGCUUCGCAGAUUCUCAGCUGUUGCAACUCAAGAUUGGGAAGUCUUCGAAACCAGGUGCGUCUUCAAAGAGACGACUUGUCACCUCUUAGGCUUUAAACUCAACACGACUGCGCAAAGAAUUUUUAUUUUGCUAAUUGUUGAGAUCUUUUCAUGACAUCUAUUCACAAAAACCACAGACCUAGUGAGCUGGGCCCUGUUUCUGUAUAUCGCCUCCUUAUCGGUAUUAUGUUAUUGCCAACUAAACCGGUGUUUUGUGGUAAGUCGUAGCGCUUCGCAAUUGUUAUGUGUUGAAAAUGGAAGGCGCCGAGACGUGAUUGUGACUGUCCAUUAAAAUCACUCGUACAAUAGGAAUUUAUCGACAGUCAUUAGCGCUAUAUGAAUUUUUGUUACACUCUUGAUCGUGCCUAACCAUUUUAAGAAAGGAAGGCGUGAAGACACUAAAAACUAUUAUGAGGUUUUCGCAUGUCUGUCUCCGGCGCUCUGUUUCACAGGAUCAUGGAGAUUUUUUGCACCUCAGUUUCAGCUCGUUUAGUUUAACCUUUCCCUGAUUUGAUAACGACCAUUUAAUUCUCCGCCCGGUAAAGAGCGACUUGGAGCUGUAGAAAAUCCCGAAAGAUUGCUUUAAAUGGGCUUUUUCACGAUUUGAUAGUUUAAGAGUAAAAUGGGCACUGAGUUGUCGCUAUGUUUUACGAUAUAGAUACUUAGUCUUCGUACAAUUUUGAUUAUUAUCGCGGCCGGCUCAGUUGCAUACGUCGUUGUAAGCCCUUUUUGACCUAUCUUCUACUCAUACUAAUUUUUGCUAGAAUGCAAUCGCUUUUAAAGACUGUGCUUGCCAUUUUUUCUAACAGCCUCCCAUCUGGCUGAAAAUUAUUUUAGUUAGAAGGCUUGAUAAGAGUCUGUUAGAAAGAUAGUGUAGCCAUCUCAGGAUCGUCUAAUUUUUAUCGCGGUCAUGUUUAUUAUCUCCCCAGGCGUGCUCCUUUUUAUAUCUGCUGAUGAGAAGUAAUUUUGAGUUCUCGGGUGCACAAGGCUGUGAUAGAGUUCACUGGCAAGUACGUAGCUUUUAACUGAAAUAUUUACUGUGAUUCUCUUACGAUUUAUAUUCAUGUUUUAAACCCUCUCUUGGUUGCUUGCUUUUUUUGUCUCAAUGAGAAAUGGCUAUUAAAAAGGUCAUUUAAGUUCACUUUUAAAAACUGAAAGAAAAUCUUUAUUACACGAAAGUCGUUCUCUUUAGCAUAUGACUUUUUGCUAUUUGCGCGUUGUCUGAGCCUAACAUAAUUAUGGCUUUCAUGGCAAAUAUUUGUAGUUUCAAAAAUACAGCCUAGCUCAGUUUCAAUUUUGAGUCCCUACGUAGAAGUGAAGAUAUGCAUCUUAGUAUAAAAAUUAUGUCGAAGGUUGAACAAAAUAGUUAUAUACCAUAGGAUGUGUUAAAAAUUAUUUGUACUGGUGUACCUUUAUUAAUGAAAAAUGCAAAUAAGAAAUUUAAUAAUCACAUUGAUUGCGAAUCGUACUUUAAAUGAUGGUUCGACGGAAUUGAAGUUGACACGCAAUGGCUGCUCUGCUGUUGUCACUUUCCAUCUCAUUUUACGUUUCUCUCUACACGAAAAACCUGAAAAUCAGUCUGCGUGAAGGAAAACCCGGCAAAAAUUGCGAGAGAAAAAAAGCAUCAGACUAUUGAUGGAAAAUUUUGACCGUCGGAUUUUGUUUUAACUUCACAGCAAGCCGCAGGUGUUGUGUUGUCUGUUUUUGCUGUUGUUGCCGUUGUUUUCAACGUGUACAAAGUAAAUCUAAUCUUCUCAACCCGCUUGCUCUCAAAGUAUUGUAAUUAACACUAACACCGAAAACGCUCCCAUGCAAACAAGGGAGAGAAAAACGGCUUGGCGUAAAAAAUGUUGAAGAACCUCUUGUGCUAAUAAUAAAACCACACCCUAGAGUCCUACAAUAUCAUCGAUGACCUUGUGCAUUUAUUUUGAAAUAUGGGUGACUUGCCAUUCCGCGCAUGUCAAGUUCAUUCCCAAGACUUUGCUCGAGUCUACACAUGCACAGUCAAAUGACAGAAAUGCAAAGCGACCCCCCUUACCUAUAACCCUUCAAAGGUAAGGUUUCAUUUUCAGUGUUCAAAGUUUGAAUCUCUUUCAAUCUUCUCGGUGUCGUAAGCCAAAUACAAUGAAGCAUUUGCCGAGAAAACUCGUUAUUUUGAGAAAAUGAAGUCCGAAAUAAAAUCAACUUAGUAUUUUAUGCAUUCCCCAAUUAACUGUUCACCGCGAUGGUUAUGCGUAUCGCAAGUUUCGACAGUUGUCUCAGAUUAAAAAGACAAGUUGUCAGCACGAUCACUGGAUAUAUGAUUAUAGAUCAUUAUCAUUCAUUUCUUAGUCCAUUCAUUCAUAGAGGGCUCAGGUGUUCAACUCAUUGAGGUGACAUGUUUUUUUAAAGUUCUCCGCUGACCAAAUAUGGUAUUCAAAUGAUCACCCGCUCAAAGAACUUAACGUCAGAAAGAUUCCUUUAAAGUUCUCACGAGAGCUUCGCUUUUGGCCUUGGCUAAAUCUAUAUAUUUUGAAUCAUUCAUCAUUCAUUCCUUAAUCCAUUCCAGGGCUGCAAAUAACGGACAGCUGGUUGCCGGUCAUGAUGACCGGCCAAAUAUUUUUUAGCCCGGACAAACCCCGAUUCUGGCCGGUCAAAUAAUGAAUACUACUAAUUUUUUUUUGCCUAAGGAAUAUCCAAUUAUGUUUGCAAUAGAUCGUUAUUACUACAUUGACGUUCACAUUUUUGACAGCAAAUUGGUGAAAAAUGUAUUCGCACGUUGUAGAGUUCCUUUCCGCGGUUUUCGCGCGUUUUAUUGUUACGUUCUACCUUGAGUAUCAUUGCACGACGGUGUCUGGAGUCUCUAGAGGUAAAAAGUGAAGCGUAUAUAUUAUGUAAAUGCUUUUCAAACUCCCAAGGUUCAGGAAACGGAAUACACAUACAGUUCAGAAAACUUUAGAAAUUACGAAAACAAAAAACAAAAAAAGUGGGUUAUUUUACAAAAUCUGCACACGCUUGUUUUACGUUGAUGUUCCGAAAUGAACAUCGGUGAAACUUGAUCUUUUUCCUUGCCUGGCACGUGAUCGAAAGUCACUUUCUCAGAGAAGAAUCGUCGCUGAUAUUUUCGGCAAAGAAGUUGAGUUGCAUUGGCGAGAAGUUUGUUCCACAAACAGCGUGUUGAUGAUCAGAAGUCAAUAAAUAAAUUUGGGUCAUCGCGCAACAUUUUAUCGCGAAGGGCUCAAAUGUCAACAGAAAUUUGCAUAAAGUUGUUUACAAGAACGAGAAUCUAGCGUCGCGAUAGACGACGACCUUCCCUCUUGAGUAGCUUAAAUUUUUAUCAGACCAUUCUGGAAUCGAGUCUGCAAACAAGAUUCAUGUUCGACAUAAAAGAAAUUAUUAUUAAUCGAUGCGCUAACAUUUAUUCCCGGAGAAACACAGGACGACCUGUUGAGAAUUGCGAUCGAUUUGCCUGAAUUCCUUCGAAUUCCCAAAGAAGGUCACAUUGCUGAUUACAGCAAAGCCGAAAGUACAGUACGACUUGCAACGUUGCGUUACUUUCCAACUCAGUUUGUUAUUCACUUUGUUGCGUUAGAUUACGACAUGACGACAUGAAAUUAAUUUAUUGCGGCGUUCUUUUUCUUAGAAGGGUUUAGUGCAAAGCAGCAAAAAACGCCAAAGAAAAAAGAAAUCAUUGCAGCGUUAUAGAGCAUUAAGCGACAACUGUAUGGAAAAUAAAGUGUUUGUAUCCAAAAAUGACCGGUCAAAAUGACCGGCAAGACCGGAGUUUGACCGGUCAAGUCCGCGAUCAGGCCGGACAUUGUCCGUUGACCGGCCGUUAUUUGCAGCCCUGCAUUCAUUCAUUCGAUCUGUCUUUCGUUGGUUCGUGUGUUUGUACAUUCAUUCACUAAUUUAUCGCUACUUUAAAAGAUUAUUUUGAUCCUAUUUAAGGGAAAUGUCCACAGUCAACGUGUUUUUCUGUGUUAUUGUCCCUUUCAGGUCAUCGUAGCGGUCUCCAAACUAAUGGCGGAGGGCCUUAACCGUACCGCUGUUAACAACUCUCUGUUGGCGCUCAAGAAUUACGCCGUAGAAGACAGAGGAAUGAAGGUUAGCUUAAUCUUAAUGCUGGGGUGAGUUGUUGUUAUUUUGUUUUAAACGAUGGACCUCGCUCAACUUCCACGUUUACGCGUGACCUUUCAUACAUUGCCUCUAUUCGUAAAUUUUACGUGCGUUCGCGCGGAAAAAUUACGGGACAGUGGAAAUCCACCUUAAGAUAUUGGAUAAAGUUUCGAACCCAGUCCUAAUAGCUAUGCGCUUGGUACCGCGGGCUUAGUUAUGACCAUCGGUUUAUCAAUAAACGUAUGCGCUCGCAUUUGAAAAUACCAGUUUGACGAGAGAAAACAAGUUUGACUAGUCCAGAAUUCCGGUUACAAUGACUUGAAAGGCUUGACGUGAUUCAGGCAGAACCUCCUUUUCUCCUCCUCGAUUAAGAAGAAGACAAGAGGAGACUCGGCUUGUAGGGUGCAUCAUUUUAUACUGUCUUGUCCUUUUGCUGUCUUCUCUUGUAGAACACGUCGUUUCCAUCUGAAGUAAAAGACCUGACGAAGAAGAUUCAUACUGUCUUGCAAGCGACUGCUCAAAUGAAGGUACGUGCCGUUGGUAGCAUGUAGGGGUCACUAUUUUCAGUUUCUUAGUCUCCCUUUUUAGAGUAUUAAUGCUUUACAGUGCGGAACCUCGAACCGGGACACGUGGAAUUAGAUUGUCCAAUCACAACGUUUUCUGAAGACAAAAGAUUCUCGUCUGAUUAUAUGUCAUUUUUUGCAAAAGGACCUGUAACAUUCGUAGAUUUGCGGGCUGUCUCCUGAGAGGUCAGCUAAACUCAAACGGUUUUAAAGUUUUCAACGGUUGCCUAGUUGAACUUUGAAUUUUAUUGUUCCAUUUGUUUUCAGAAAACGUUGUCAUUGGACAAUCUUCCAAUUGUCUCGGUUUGAGUGUCCGCACUAUAAUAACCUAGCAUGUUUACAGUUCCCCCCCCCACCCUCCUCUCAGAAGGGGUGGCUGUACACAGGCUUUAAUACCAAUGAAAUAUUCCCUGCCACGGGUUGUUUGGAAGACGUUGAUGGGGCGGUUACUGAAGGGUUUGGCGAGAUAAAGGUCUACUUAACGUCAGCGACAAGUGAAUGAAUUGUCGCACCAGAAAGAUUAACCGAAUUGAAGUGGGUAAAUAUCAUUCGAAAAAGAAGACAAUAACUUUGAACAAGUUACAGGCGAAGAAAUGAGUAAGAAUAUAUCAACUAUACUGGCGGUACUUGAGGGGGGGAGUUGGGAGGGGGGGGGAGGGCAAUGGUAUUAACGCAAGGUCUGCUGUUCAUUCUCCCAAGCUUAAUAAUAAUAAUAAUAAUUUACAUUUAUAUAGCGCAAACCUCUAUAUGAAUAUAUUCGGUUGCGCUUUACAAUAUUGUUAUAUUAAAUUUAUGUUAAAGGUGACUAAAGCAUGAGCAACUAUUAAAAACUACAAUAAAAAGUAUUAAAAACUAUAAAUAAAAAUAAAUAAAUAAAUAAUGAUAAUAAUUUAAAAAAAAGAAAAAAACUAUUAUAAAAGCCAACAAUUAAAUCUAUUUAAAAGCUAAAUUGAAAAAAUGAGUUUUAACAGCAGUCUUAAAAGUGUCCAAUGUCUUCAUGUUGCGAAUUUCCGAAGGUAAUGCAUUCCAGAGAUAAGGUGCAGCUGACUGGAAUGCACGAUCGCCAAGAGUUGGAUGGGUCUUAAUGCAUGGUAACUCGAGGAAUAUAGACUCAUUUGACCUUAGAGAGUACUUGGAUUGCUUUUUGGUAGUAAUGAAAUCAAUUAGAUAAUUAGGAGCUUGACCAUAUAAGCACUUAAAUGUCAAAAGUAGAAUCUUAAACUUUAUACGGUAACUUAUUGGAAGCCAAUGAAGGUGGAAAAGCAAUGGUGAAACAUGGCAGAAUCUAGGUGUUCCGGUGACCAACCGAGCCGCGGCAUUCUGUAUCCGUUGGAGUUUCAUGAUAUGUGAAUUCGGGAGGCCAUGUAGUAGACUGUUACAAUAAUCUAUUCUACUGGUGAUAAAAGCAUGAACUAAUGAUUCGGUGACUGAACGACUUAAAUAUUUCCUAAUUCUACGCAUGUUAUAAAGAUAAUUGAAAGCGGAUGAGCAAGUUUUGUUGAUAUGACUUAGCAUACUACUUAGACUUAGCAUACUACUUAGCAUACUACUUAGACUUAGCAUACUACUUAGCAUACUACUUAGACUUAGCAUACUCAAGCUUGCUCAACUAUCACAUUUUAGCAGGUCAGCCUACAUCAGUUCUCUUGGCACGGAAAUCUUUUCCUCGAAAGUAUGUCAUCUCUUUUCAUUCAUUUUCUCGAGAGUUACAAAUUGAUAACGGGAAGUGAAGUUUUUGUUUCGUGACAGAACAACGUUUAAAACAGAUCUCUGCUGGACAAGUUAUAGUCUGCUACACAGGAAUUUUUAGUGUCGUUGCGUGACGACACUAAAAACGGCUGUGUUAAGCAGACUAGACAAGUUAGAGCAAGUGCUCUCAAUGAGGAAAAAGGAAAUGUAACGUAAUCAUCUCGAUGCCUCGAUUCGCCUCAUCUCGAUUUCCUGCCUGUUCAUGGGAGCAAAAGUGGAACACUAGGCGGAAUCAUUUGGAAUUGAUCAUUUGCUCAAGACCUUUUCGCAGACCAAAAAAUCCAUUGUAUAGGCUUUUAGUUUACAAACACUUUCUUACGAGGAUUUAACUCGAGAAUCAAUUUCAAAAAACGGCAGAACGUUGCGAGGGAAGAAAAAUGUCGGAGUUCACGCGAUUGAAAACUGUGCAAUCCAGCAGCUAAUGGUUCUGCAUAUAACUAUUCCACAUGCAAUGCUGAAUGAAUCAAAGGAUGGCGAUGUUGUAUUAGUACCUUAUUUUCUUGAUUUGUAUUUCUCAUACUUGGUAUUAGGGACCUUAAGAUCCGAUUACAGCGACGGCAACGAGAACGUCAUAAAACCAAUAAGUCAGAUCAGCAAAACAACAACUCUGAACGUGCAUUACGCUUUUUUGUACAUUUCCUUUUGCCGUCACUGCUCGCCUACAACGUGAAACUUCCUAGUUUCACGUUUCAUGGAGGACGUAAACUCAAGGCAACAAUUUUCUUUUUCUUUUUACUGAACUCAGAUACAGUCCUUUAGAAUCAACUUCAGAAAAAUUUUCCAACAUUUGAUAAAUUGAAUGAAAUGGGAUAAGGAAGUUUGAAACAGCGCGAUUCAAGUGUCGUUUUCGCUGCCGCUGCCGUCGCUUGAACCAAUAAAACUGAAAGAAAAAACUAAAAGAAGCUCUCUAUAUCAGCGUCUAUAUCUACAGGGAAUAUCUUGUACUUAGAGAAGAAACUGGUCUGAAGCACUGAUGUCCGCGAUUGAAAAUGCUCACGCAGGGUUGUCAUUAAGGAGCGGGGGCUGUGGAUUUCCCCUGGCUACUUUUACGGAAAAAUAGAAGAGAAAAGAAACCCCCCCAAAAAAAUCCCUAGCUGUUUUAUACCCCGGCCACUUGCUGCAUCUAACCGGUAACGUAAAAUUUUAGUGACAGUCCUGCUGUCAUUUACAAUGAUUUAUUGUUGAUCUCUUGGCUCCGUUAAACGUUGUCGUUUGUAGGAACAUGAUGAUGUGCCAGAAGUUUUAGUGGACCUGCAAUACAGUUUGGCCAAAUCGUACUCAAGCACACCGGAAUUGAGAGAAACCUGGUUAGAGCACAUGGCCGCUGUACAUGAGAGUCAGGGAAAUUUUUCCGAGGUGAGUCUGCCGCCACAUGAGUCAGUAUAGUUCAUACAACCACUGCUUUUUGUUUGGUUGGUUAUGUUGUUUAUUUACUUGUGUUGGUUUGUUUGUUUGUUUAUUGUCUAAGGGCCUGUUUACAUGGAGGUGGGGGAACCCGGUUAGGUGAGGUAACCAGCUUAUAUAGGUGAGGUAACCGCCCUGUCCAUAUAAUCUCUCAUUUUAAUUUGAUCACGCCGGAGCGGGUAGCCCGGUUUGCCGGACCGGGUAACCAUCUCAGCCGGGGUCAAAUUUUGCCAUGUAAACGUUUCGAGGUGGGAUAACCACCUAGCCAGGGUCGGAACCGUGAUACAUCAGAUUCGCGCAAAAUUCACUUUGGUGGUGGCCUUACAUCAUUAUUAAAGGUAACAAAAGAAGCCACAGCACUGAAGGUUGCAGCAAGAGCAGCAAAUGAGUGUAGAAGCGCCUUAAUCGCCAAAAAACGUGGCUUGCCAGCAUUUUUUGCUUACAGUGCUUAGGGACCAUUCAAUAAUCUUGAGAAAGUAAACCCCGGGAUGGCUUGGUUUUAAGAUUGCAUGUAAACGAGGGUUAUUUUUUUACCCCACCUAAGCGGGUUAGCUCACCUACUUGGGGUCCCCCACCUCCAUGUAAACAGGCUCUUAACUGAACUGUUCUCGUCGUACUGAGGAAUUGAUGUUUACUGAUGAGUAACACCAUGUAGACACGUGUAGCUUUUUAAAAGAUAACAAAUAGCGUGGCAUAGCCCCUUUAAACAUAUUUUUCCUUCUCCUUCAGACGGCGCACUGCUAUAUCCAUGCUGCAGCUCUUGUUGCUGAAUAUUUAAAACGACAAGGUAGGAAUAUCACAUAAAGCAAAAAUUACGUGCUCUUUUGCCAAAUUUUUGCCGAGAAAACGCCUUUUCCGUUUCGGGCGACCUCGCCUCACUAUGACGUCUACCAUCAGGAUAGAGGAAUCUACUCAUGGUAGUCGCCAAUGCAAGCAUCCAAACUAAGAGAAACGCCAAAUCUUGUACCACAACAUACUUUACCAUACUGAAUAAAGUUUUUUUGACAGCACUGCUAAUUAAAAGAGGUUUGUGAAGCGAACAAAAGCAAAGGUGUCUGGUCAUCAGACAUGGUUGUUAUAGCCAGAAUUUAAAACAACGUUAACCUAUUGCGAACAGAAAAGCACCAAAAUAUGUAUGUUAAUGCGACGCAACUUACUUUUUAGCGUUGUGAUCUGUCAACCGAACAUAGUUGUUUAUUCCUUCUAUGGCGUAAAAGUUAGAAUCAACGUCGUCCUCGGAGUUGAGUAACUCUGGAAGCGAUGCCUUCAGAUUUGGCUCUACUUUACAUCCCAAGAAAAGCUAGGAGUACCCAGUAACAAAUCUACAACAGUUUUCCAUCAUUAAAAUGAUGUCGAAAUGUUUAAAACUCAAGUGGAACCCAAGCCGCAGGCGAGUGGUUUCACUGCAAAGUUUCAUUUCUUAUGGUCGAUAAGAGUAAAAACCAUGGAAAGUUUUUCAUGACAUGUUUUGUCGUCCAUUUUUGGCGAAGUUCCUUGGAAAAUCGCACGCCAGAGAAAUCGCUCAGUCAUUAUGAAAUAUUGUUUUGAUUUUGUUUAUGUAUUGAAUUUUGCCCUGAAUUAUAUAUACGCUCCACUUUAGCCGGUCGGUUAGUCAUUAAUCCGUGUUUUCGUGGGGUUAUUUUAGGCGCUUAUCCACCCGGUUGCGCGGCGUUUGCCGGCGUUUCACCAAAUGUGGUCGCUGACGAAAGUGUUAUGAAAACUGACGAGGGAAUGAGAAUGGAACAGCGCUAUACUGUGGUUAGUUUUCUGCUUCAAUCGACUAUUUUAUUUUGGUUAUAGGUUAGCCUAACUUGAACCCGAUUACUAAGUUUUGGCCGGGGACUGUAGAAGCGAGGGGAUCCAACAAUUUUUUAUAUGGGUUUAGUGUACAUGACGAAACUUUUAGGUAAUAAAUGAUUCCACCAUUCCUUGGCGUAACGCAUUUUUUUGGUAAUGAUUAAGUGGCUAGGGUCUUUUUUAUGUCAUGACAGAGGCAGCGUUCAGUCUUUAUUGAAAUGCAAAUCGAAAAGGCAACCGCGUGGCCUUGGAGAUAUUUUUCUCUUGUGUUUAGUGAUGAAAGUUCGGUGCUCCAGACCCUUCGCAUCCUUCCGCUAGUUAAGCAAUUAAAAGGGCGAUUUAUCGAGUGAAAAAGGAAGUCAACUAAUGUUUGUUUUAUUCUGUGUCUAGCGGCAUCUAGUGGAUCUGUUGGAGCAGAGUGCCAAGUUUCUUGAACGUGCAGAACGGUACGAGGUCAUGGGUGAAGUGUACAAACUGGCAAUUCCUAUCUACGAACAAGAAAGGGACUUCCUGGUGAGUAGACACACAGGCAACAGCGCGAAGAGCUUUGUACGUUAAGCAAAUUGUAAUUAACUGUUUCAAUGAUGAUAUCCACGUGCCUGUUAACCCGCAAUGUCCUCCACCGAUAAGACGAACUUGUUUAAUAGUUUUUAUUAUACAGACACGAGUGUUUUACUGGGAAAUAUACCACUCGUAAAUUCAUAAAAACUACAUCCGGGAUCCGAGUGGUUUAUUUUCCAUAAUCUCACACGUGAGUUUAUCGAUGACGUAAUUUCGGUAAUUUCCCUCUAUUAUUUUAUCAAUAUCUUUUGGUCUAUAUAACAAAAAGAACAUUACACGGCGGCUUGAAGAUAUGAAUUUUAUUUUCUCGUGGCAAAAACAAUAUUUUACUCACUCCCAGGGCUCGUUCGUAAAAUAUUGUUUUGCCACUCGAAAAUAAAAUUCAUAUCUUCGCGCCACCGUGUAAUAUCCUCUAUAAAACCCUUUCAGUUGGCGAUAAUUUCCUAGAAACGCUGUCGUAAUGUUAUCAGAGACCUUUGGAAUCGAGUACGAGAACUACUACGAGUUUGAAUGAAAUUUUUUUCGCGUAUGCUCAAAAAAUAGAAAAAUAAAUACCCCGGAAAGCUUCGUUGUACUUUUGAUUCCCCAGAAAAAAUAGCACUGUUAUCUUUAUUGAAGGAGGUUAAACCCUCUCUCUCUCUCUCCACCACGGCAUUCUCGCUGAAACCCGAAGUAGAAUAACGGCGGUUACAACGUUUUCCCGCCAAAAUGACGCUGGUUCACGCGGGAGUACUACUUAAGAAUUGAGAAAUCUCCUACUCGUAGUCGUUCUCGUCUUAGAAUCUCAGUAAAGGUCCCUAUUUUGAUAGUGGUCACUAGCGAACUCUUCAUUUCGGAAAUCAUAACACAAUCUGUACACCUUUAACUUCCUCCCACCCUACCCCAAGCAUUAUUUGCUUGUUUACCACGGGCUACUGGGAAACGGCACAGCAUUGUUUAAGGGGAGUGGGCUGGGGAAAGCUUGCAUUUUCCCUUUUGAAGUGUCGGUAAACACGAGACUGGUAGUGGAGAACAGUGUUUCAACCAAUUUUAUGACCGAUUUUAGCCCUAUAGCAUAUCAAACCCGUCAUUAUCGCAUUUGGCAGGUAAACUGCCUCAUUUGAAAGCUCUCUAGCUAAUGCCUGUGAACAUAUUCCACCCUCAGCGCCUCUCAUUGGCGUACAACAGUCUGGCUAAAGCGUACCACAAGGUUGUUGAUGUGAUGGGAAGUGGUAAAAGACUUCUUGGCAAGUACUUCAGGGUUGCUUUCUUUGGACAGGUAAAUAGUUUGUAGUCGUACCAUUAACGAAAUAAUUAUAUUUUAAACCGACUUGAGUUUAAAAACAUCAGGGUUCGCACGUACCUUGAAAGUCCAUGAAUUUUAAUUUUUUUGAACUUUUUAACAGACCUUAAAAGUCCUUGAAAAUUGCAGCCGGUGCUAGAAAUUCCUUGAAUUUCUGUGCGAACUUUAUCCAGCCCAAAGGAAAAGGAGCAACCACAGAAAUUCCUUCAGUAUAAAAUUGCUCAUGAAGAAUUGCUAAAGAAGACUGGAGCCUUUUUUUGCGUGCACUGAAUGGAAUCCUUGAAAAAUGGGAAAUGUGCCCUUGAAACAGAACCUAUAAAGGUCUAUUGUAAUCCGUUUCAAUCUUCUUGAAGUUUGCCCAUCCGUUUCUCCUUUUGUACUUGUUGUGUUAUUGACACCUUCUUUUCGUGUUUUGAGAAGCUAUUUUUAUGUUUCACUCAGUUUGGUGGCGGUUCCCACGAUUUGACCUUUGAUUAAUUUCGUGACACAGUUUCUUAACUUAGAAGUUGAUCUAACAGCUAGAUGGUUCAGGUUUUGUAGACUUUGCUAUGCAAUAAGUUCGUGCGUUUUGCAAGCACAAUGAUAUACGGUAGUAUAUAUAGCAUUUAACGUAACCCAGACUUGCCAAACUCCAAGAGGCAAAAAAUGUGAGACUCUGAACCAAGAGUUGGAAAAAGUAAGGAGAAAUGGGUAAGACGUCGUGAGAGGACCGAAAUUUCCUAGUGGGGAUUAUAGGUAUUUGGAAGUCACAAGCUGGAGCAGUAGACAUCACGGUUUUACGAUUUGGGUUGUGUAAUUUCUCUGUUUUGUUGGCGGCCAUCUUGAAACAAGAAAAACAUUUAGAAGUCUGCGCAUUUGGUGGUAGCGGCAAGUUGCUGUAGGCUAAAGGAAUGUAAUCAAAUGCAGCCGCUAAGCUUUUUUCUUGGAUUGAGCUGGUUAUCUAUUGAUAUCUAAAUUGGAAACGAGCCCUACAGCUCCAAAAUUUUUUUGGAGUUUGACUUUUCGAGAAAGCGUGAGAAAUCAGUUGCCAACUCGUGAGAGCGUGAGAUAGGUCGUGAAAUCGUGAGACUCACGACAAAUUAGUGAGACUUUGCAAGUCUGUUCACUUUUGACGCGGUGUAUUUCUUUUACUUCCGAAGAUGUUUAGCGACGAUGAUGGGAAAGAAUUCAUAUACAAAGAACCAAAGAUCACAGGCUUAGCAGAAAUUUCCCAGAGACUUGAAAACAUCUACGCCACUAAACACGGCAAAGAAAAUGUCAAACUCAUUUUGGAAUCUUCAAAGGUUGUUAAUCUUAUUAAUUAAUUAACUUAUUAUUUAAUGAAUGAAUUUCUUUGUUUAUUCACUUUUUUUAUCACGGGAGACAAAUUACUCCUAAAGUAUGGCGCAAAAUUUGAGAGUUGAUUUAUAAGUUCACAUGUCAGUGAAACUACAAAAUUCCUAUUGCAACAUUCCGAAUGUCUCAGUGCCGAAAUGCUAUCCAGCUACACGAAAGAGCACAAUUUUUAACUACAAGAACUAUUGUAACAGUUAUUUUGUCCGCUAAAACUCUAUAAAUCGUACAUGCUACUAACAUUUGGACUUCAUGUCCGCUUCCAUCCUAUUCAAAUAAAACGGUUCUAUGUUGGUGCAAACUGAUUUUACAGUUUGUUUCUUUCAGGUACAUGCCGAAACACUGGAGUCAAAGAUUGGUUACAUUCAGGUAUUUGCAUUUUGCAAAUGACAUUUGACGAAAAUUGCGCAAAGCAGUGGAGUUCGACUGAGUGGAUUUGACUAACCUCAGUUUACCGUGAAUUUGUCGUAGAUAACGUACGUGCAGCCUUAUUUUGAUGACGAAGAGCUGGAGGCCAGACCAACUUCAUUUGAAAGAAAUAACAAUAUUAGACGGUUUAUAUACGAGACACCAUUUACUGUCAGCGGGAAAGCACAUGGGAGCUUAACAGAGCAAUGCAAGAGGAAAACCAUCUUAACAAGUAAGUUCAUAUGUCAUACGGUAUUUUAUUUGUGGGUCGUGUCGUAAAUUCUUUUGAUCAAGAAUAAGGAUACCAGAAACUUUCUUUUGUUGAAUUGUUCCAGAAUUACGCAUUUAUUUUAAGUUUAGUCCCCUUGUACAUCUAUUUCAUACACGCUCCUCGUGGAAUUUUACCAGCAUUGUGAUAAUCGUUCAUUGAGUAGAGCAGACAUUGGCCUUUUAUGCGUUCUUGUUGAGAACUGUUCGCGGUAGAUUAAAUUUAAAACGAAGUAGGCUGAUCACCAGUGCGAGUCACUAAUUUAUUACUAAUCACUUAAACAUAAUGUACUUAACGUGAAAGAAGAUCAUCGCAAUUUCAGUUAGAAACAACAUUUGCAUAUGCGAAAAGAAAGCCCGAAAAAUUCAUACUUGUACAGCAUAAUAAACAGUACCACAGGAAAGAACUGCCCAGUGGCUCUCAUUUGAAUGGUCACACUACAGGAUUUCAUGCACAUACCCCAAAAUUCGAACCCUUGACCUCUGCGAUACUGCGGCGCAGCGUAUCCCGUACGAGCCUUUUUUUUCUGGCUUUCUUUUCUCAACUGCAGAAGUUGCCUCUAUAACUCAUCUAUCUUCUUUCAUUAUUCCUCUCCCUGCCGCUCCUAUAUAUGAUUUUCAUAUAUUCAUUUUUUUAUAAUAGGACAAUUGCACGAUGACGAUAUUUGACUACAACUACCAGAAUUCAUUUCGGUUUUCUUUGUUUUAUUUGUAACUGAACAACAAAUAGUUUUUAUUUGUGUAAUUGAUAUUCGACAUCUUUGUUGUACUGAAUAUUUUUAUUUGUGUAAUUGAUAUUCUCUAUCUGCUAUUAUAGCCUCUAAUACGUUUCCAUACUUGAAGAAGAGAAUCCUUGUCGUUCAAGAGGAGCAGUACGAAUUGACGCCAGUCGAGGUAUUAAUCUUCCUUGCUUUACCCCACGUAUGCUGAUCCAAACCGGUGCACAAUAGACAGAAGAGUGCAAGCCGGGUCUGUUUCUAUCUUUUUCGUCGCUACCGGUGCUGCGUUUCGCUGAAUCCUUCUUUCUUUUCCUUUCUUUUUUUUUUUUUGUUUUUAUGCCCGGCCAUCGCCCUCCCCCCGGCUUGCUUGAACUGAAUGACUCCGCUCUCAUCUCCGUCCUUCGGUGGACUUCAAUAAAGGUCGAAAAAACCUUGUGGAAAGAAAAAACAAUUUCAUACUUGAACGAUGAGAAUUUAUACUUAGUCUGUUGUUUGAUACUUCUUCAGGUCGCUUUCGACGAGAUGCAAAAUAAAGUUAAAGAACUGAACAAUGUGAUCGCCCAAAAUCCCCCUGACAUGAAGAAACUGCAGCUUGUUUUACAAGGCAGCGUCAGUGUCCAGGUAUGAAUCAGGCUGGUCGAGAUAGCGAGAAUGCCGGCGUGUAUUAGUGGGUUAAAUAAAAAGCCUGCGUUUGACAGGCUCAGUGAAUGCAGCCUCCGUGUACAGGAGCAUAACAGACAUUUGAGCGGACUACAAAGUACUGCUCAUACUUUUUCAGUCAUUUGGCUGGUCACUCUAUCGGAUCAGUCGGUUUAAUCCAGACUCAAAAGCUAGAGCCAUCCUAUCAAACCAGUGCUUUUUGAGCCCUGGUCACUUUUGCUAUGGGAUAAAAAGUCGGUUUAAUCCAGACUCACCAAAGAUUUUAUAGGAACCGGGCUCCUUAUUUCCUUAGAGAACAGCCUUGCAAACAGUGUCAUAGAGCUUUUGUUUGAGUGGUCAUACAGAAUUACUCGUAACCGGCAGUCUUAAAACUAAGCUGGCACUAAAUGGGCCCAUGUUCCCCCCUCGGGAUUUCUGGCGUUGCUCUCGCGAGAAAAAAUUCUGUUUUUGGCCAUGUGUAAUAAAUCUUUUAUCAACCACGCAUGUUCAGUCAAGAUGGCUGCAUAUUGUCCUGUGUUUUAUCGGUCCAUAUGUUCGCAAAAAACGUACUUUGUCAAUAUCCAUCCAUCUUGGCCUCACGCUUGGUGUAUAACGCAUAUUUAUCUGUCUUGAUAUCAUUUCACAGGUAAACGCUGGACCGUUAGCGUACGCGCAGGCUUUCCUUGACAAGUCUGUGAUGGCCUCUCAUCCACAUAAACACAUCGAAAAGCUUCAGCAGGUUUACAGGUGUGUAAUUAAAACGAUGCUGAUUUGUUACUUCCGUAUAAAGUUGUACUUAACUACCAAGUCACUCCCAAAUCACUAAGAAUGAACAACAUUGGAGAAGACAAGAAAGAGUAAGGCGCCAAGCGAGAACAAACAACCACUCAAGGUCUUCGUAAUUCCCUUCCCCAGAGUACCCCUGGGAAGGAGGUUGAACCGAGAGCUACAACCAGUUGCAAAAGUACUUGAGACAGUGUACCGUAUUUUAGCAUGAAUGGCCUGUCUAUGAUCUUGUGCUUGUGAUCCCCCUCCACCCCUUAUCAAAGUUGCUAGCAAUACAAGACCAUACUCAAAACUUGGAGGAACAACUUUGAGUGGGAGGGAGGAGGGAGGUCAGUAUGAUAUCUCACAGACCUGUGACCAGGAGCGAUUUGAGGCAAGAAAGUGUCUCAACAUUUUUGCAACUGGUUGUAGCAACCAUAUAUCAAUACUCAAUGUGUCCCCGUUCUGGGGAAGUGAUGCCGGAUCAUCAGUUUGUAACAUAAUCCUAAGCACGAAGAGGAGGUAAACAAUGCUCAUUCAAUAGUUCUGAUGAUCAUGUAAAGUUAAUUCUCUGACUCGACCACAACAGCAAAUUUCCUGUGUCAAUUUUUAUUUGAAAAGGUUUUCCCUGGGGUAAAUAACGCCUAUGAUACCUGCUGGGGUAGUCAAUGAAUACUUGAGUUAUUGAAUGUUUUGAGCUCUUCAUAGAGAGCUACUCAUUCACAAAUUCCUUUUUGAAAUUUCAGAGAA